AAACUCUGCAACCUGUAACAGGGUCAGGUUCCAAGGUGCUCAGGUAGCGCAAAGGGCACUUCCUGCUUUGGUGGGGAGGAGUCAGGAGGGGAAAGAAAGAAAGAAAGAAAGAAAGAAAGAAAGAAAGAAAGAAAGAAAGAAAUCUUUCAACUCUCCAGGGCCGAGUCUCCCCUUCCCCUCUCCAGACUCCGCACCAUGAAGUCGGAAAGCGAGGAGAACAAACCUGGUAUGUGGGGAGAGAUGUUGCUUCCACGGUUACCUGUCUGAAAAUAGCUACCUCGUCUCGGGCCUCAUCUUUUUGGGGGCUUUUGCUGAGGGUGUUUGAAGGGAGAUCCCUUUUGCCACAUUCUGGGCUGGCUUUCCUUGCCCUGCGAGUAAGCUUGUGUAAGUUUGUGCAUUUGUUACAACAGCCUCGGGGAAACACCAGAGGCCACAUGGGCAGGCUGGUGUUGUGCAGGCAAGUCUCCGUCGUCUUCUUUUUUUAAAAGCACCUUGUCAAUCGCUUUUAAACUUGCCGAGGCGCGAGAACUAGGAGCAGCCACCCAGAACGGCUCUCUCUCUCUAGGGCAUGGUUCAUUUUUUUCCCUUCCGUGUUUCAGAGAAGGGGAGUGGGAGCCAGCGCUGAGCCUCUGAAAUGAUAGCCUUCAGGGAGGUGUGGUUGCGACGCUACUAACAGGGCACCCGAGCCCCAAACAGUGAAGGACUUGUUGGAUAGUGCCUUGUUCGAAGGCUGGGAGUUUGGCAGGCUGGGAGUGGGAGGUGGGCCCUCGGUGCAUGAGAUAAUUCUUAACGUGAUCUGUGGUUGCUAGGAGCCCAUUGGCACCUUGGGUUUUAAUUAGGAUCGCCCUUCCGGGUUGCCUCAUUGCCAGCUGUCUUGGGUCGGGGGCCUUCGGCACACGGGGUUGCAGAACAGCUGUCCGGAAAGGUGUGCUGCACCUGAGGGUGUGUAGCGGUGUGUGUGCCGUGGCUUUCGUGUUCUUCUUGUGCUCACGUCGACGAGGAAAUUGCAGGAAAGCAGCAAAAAGAACAGGCCAGGGGGGAUGUGUAGGUGAUGUCAGAGGGUGGGGUCCCUCGAGCCAAAUCGGCUGCAGCCUCCCUGGAACCUACAAAAUAUUUCCUGGCAUUAAUAUAGGUAGCCGUAUAUGUGAUGCCCUGCAGAUGUUGGACUCCAACUCCCAUCAGCCCCUGCCAGCAUAGCUAGUGCUCGGGCAUGAUGGGAGUUGUUGUUGCUGCUGCUGCCAUAUGCCUGUCUCAAGAGACAGUGGAGUAUACUUCCGGGGGUGAAGUCAAACUGCUGUUUUAGCAGCACUAAAGUGACCUGGGCAGUGUGUAUGGAGGUCCUGGGCUGCCCAGAUGACAAGACCCCCUUCUCAGUUUUGCUGAUGUAGUCCAAAGGAAAGCAGAGAAAUACAUUUGGCACCAGCUUGGCUGCAGGAAUUGCCAGAAGGAGGUGUACAAAGUGCCACCCAACUGCCUUAGGGACUCCACUCCGGAUUUGUGUAGGGUUUACUCCUUAGCCUUUUCUUCUCCCAAAGAUAUUUUGCAAUGCAGCAGAGAUUUAGGACCAGAGCUUUCUUUCUCCUAGAUGGGCUACCUUCCCAGGUUGAUGAGUCCCAUCUGCCUCUUACUUCCCUCUACAGCAUGUGCAGAAACCGCCUUCUUGGCUGUUGGGCCCACUAGUGGUCUCAUCCACUCAGUCCACCAGAGCCUGCCUUCGCAUGCAGGAGAAGUCCCUAACUCACCAAGAGUUUGAGACCCAUUGGCUACCCUCACCUGGUUUAGCUGGCCGGUCAAAGCUGUUCCCAGGGUGUGGCUGCUGUCACCUGCUGACAGCUUCUAGGAGCCCCAGGUGAGAGCUGAGUGCAAGGUGGGUAAACUACCCUUAGAAGCAGCAUGAUGCCCAACAACAUCUUGAGGGCACCAUGUUGGCUACCGCUGAUCUACCCCCACCCCAUGUGAUCCUGAAGGAUGACAGGUGGAGUCUCUAGCCCAAUAUCUCUCCAGAGUUGAGGAGGCAAACCUCCCAUGUACGUAGCUCAGUGACAAAGAAUCUCAGUCCAGUAUAUCUGAAAGAGCAUCUCCCCCCCCAUCAUUCAGCCCAGACACUGAGGUCCAGUGCCAAGGGCCUUCUGGUCAUUCCCUCACUGCAAGAAGCCAAGUUACAGGGAACCAGGCAGAAGGUCUUCUCGGUAGUGGCACCCGCCCUGUGGAACACCCUCCCACCAGAUGUCAAGGAAAUAAAUAUCUGACUUUUAGAAGACAUCUGAAAGCAGCCCUGUUUAGGGAAGCUUUUAAUGUUUGAUGCAUUACUGUAUUUUAAUAUUUUGUUGGAAGCCACCCAGAGUGGCUGGGGAAGCCCAGCCAGAUGGGUGGGGUAUAAAUAAAUUAUAAUUAUAAUUAACCCAACACUGCAGCUGCCAGCCGGUGUUGACAAUACUGGGCUAGAUGGACUAAUGGCUCAGUUGUAGGCAGAUUCCCGUGCUUCUCUAUCUGCAGAAGUGCGAGAGAUUUGUGGCCUUUGCUGUGUGCCCACAUGAGAGUUCAAUGAGAGUGGUGGUGGGGUGCUUAUAUGAAUGGAUGGGUACCGUUCACCAUCAUAACAAGCCAUGUGGCUGAUGGACAACAUGCUUUCUUCCCCCCAGAUGUCACUCAAGGCAGGAGAGUUAAAAGUUGCAUGUGACUUUCUCUUUCCUCUAAGUCAGGGAUGGGGUCCUUAUGUUCCUCCAGGUGUUGCUGGAAUCUAUCCCAUCAUCCCUGGCUGGAAUUAAUGGAGUCAUCUGGAGAGCUACAGCUUCCCUAUACCUGAUCUAUGUCCUGAAAUCACUGAUACAGUACUUAGGAAGGAGAGAGAAAAAUUCCUUGCUGAGAUCUGAGGGGCAACGACUGGAACCUUGACCAGCAUUUGAGUUGCACAGAACCUUAACGAUUGUUCUAUACAAGAAGUGUUUUGCAGCCAUGAGUAUGUUCCUCCUCUCAAGAGCUUUGUGAAUAGUCCCAUUUUACAGGUGGAGGAACAGAGACUGAGAACCAAUGACUUGCUCCAGGUUACCCAGCACUUUCCCCUUAGCUGUCCUGGCAAAACUUGCGAGCGCCUGAUCUCCGCCACCCCAACACUGAGAGCAAAGUGCAGCUAUGUUGAACCACUUAGGAAAGUAACAAUGCUGCCUAGACAUAUACUAAGUGAGGCCAUUGGUCCACCGAUCUUAGUACUGUCUACACAUUCAAAUGUGCCACCCAGUCUGAGCCCAUGUAGCUGAAACAAUGGCAGACUUCUUCCCUCUUUUUCCCUGCCUCGAUUUCCCUAUUUUUGUUCUUUCCUCGCCUGUUGAGUUUUAAAUUGUAAGCUGCCUGGGGCAAGGACUUGUCCUCCUAUAAAGAUGCACACAGAGGGACCUUUAUAGAUAAGAAGUAAAUACAGCAUUGCAGAAAGUGAAACGGGCAGCCUAAACCCUGCUGGUCUUAAGCGGUGCAAAGGCUUUGGCUGUUUUCCUCACCCGCAAUAGAAUCAUAGAUUUGCACAGUUGGAAGGAAUCCCAGGGGUCAUCUAGUCCAACCCCCAGCAAUGCAGGAAUUGCAACUAAGAGGCCCCCAAUUUUUGAACUUGCAGAGAUGGGUGGUGAUGUAAGCUCAGUGCUUUUGCACAUUCAUCUGUACGAUCACUUGCAAUGUGAAAACAUGAGGACUAGAUGGUUAUAAUUCUGUAAAUACUGAGCCACAGAGCCAAAGACUGGGAAAUGGAUAAAUGUUUCAAAGUUCUUUGGAAACUUUUGCCUGGCUCUCAUUCUGCAUAGAAAUCAAAAACUCCAAUUAUACACCAAUUAAAAACAACCCCUAAAGCAAACUACCCUUUCUAAAUUAUGGAAGUUGGGGGUUUUUUUAUCUCUUCCCUGUGUGGUCUGCAUAUUGUUAUAUCAAAGUGUAGAUAUUUGGAAAGUAUUCCCCCUCCCGCCUCCCCAAUCUCCAGCCUGAAUCCUCAGAUGAAGUUACAAUUUAACUUUUGGGUAGUGGACUUUGUCCUUGUAUGGAAGGAACCCUACAAACACACCCAUUCACUGGAAGAGAUUGGGAACACUAGUCCUAAACCAACCCACCCGCUGACUGAAGUUAACAAAUCUAAGUUAGUUGUGCAGGUCUACUCUGAGUAGGAAUAGCAUUAGCCAAGAGCCCAUGGAAUUUGGCUGACUGCCCAGACCAGGGUUUCCCAAACUUGAGUCUCCAGCUGUUUUUUUGGACUACAAGUCCCAUCAUCCCUAGCUAGCAGGACCAGGGGUCAGGGAAGAUGGGAAUUGUAGUCCAAAAACAGCUGGAGGCCCAAGUUUGGGAAGCCCUGCCCUAGGCAGUGAAGCUGUUUGAAGGCGUUAAAAACAAACAAACCUAGCACUUCAUCCAAACUCCCAUUUAAAUUUUCUCUUAUCUAUAUUAUUAUUCUUAACAUCAUUAUCAUUAUUACUUACUACGUUUGUCACUUUUAACAACAAAAAAAGUUUUGAAGUCAUUUAUUUAUUUCUUAUGUAUUUAUUCAUUAUUGAGUUCAAUGAGACUUGCUCCCACAUUCAUUGUGUAUAUGGCUAAACACCAGCCCUUCAGAUUUUAUUGGACUCCAACUCCCAUAAUCCCUGACCAUUGACCAUGCAAGCUGGUGAAUGGUGGGAGUUUAGAGUUGAGCAACAUGAGGCAGGCACUGGUUCACCAUCCCUGUUGUGUGAAGGAUUGCAUCUUAGCCCCCACCCAGGAGUAGUAAAAGGUAAAGGGACCACUGACCAUUAAGUCCAGUCGCGGACGACUCUGGGGUUGCGGCGCUCAUCUCACUUUAUUGGCCGAAGGAGCCGGCAUACAGCUUCUGGGUCAUGUGGCCAGCAUGACUAAGCCGCUUCUGGCGAACCAGAGCAGUGCACGGAAACGCCGUUUACCUUCCCGCCGGAGCAGUACCUAUUUAUCUACUUGCACUUUGACGUGCUUUCGAACUGCUAGGUUGGCAGGAGCAGGGACCGAGCAAUGGGAGCUCACCCCUUCCCGGGGAUUCAAACUGCCAACCUUCUGAUCAGCAAGUAGUAUUAAUAAUAAUAAUAAUAAUAAUAAUAAUAAUAAUAAUAAAUUUUAUUUAUAUCCUGCCCUCCCCAGCCGAAGCCAGGCUCAGGGCGGCUAACAACAAUAAAAUAGUGCAACAUUCUAAAAACAUUAUAAAAAUUAAUUAAAAUCAAAUUGAUGGCAACCGUAAGCUAAAAUUCUGUAAAGAUUGCCAAAGGAGGGAGUCAGGCUGCGCCCUGACCAAAGGCCUGGUGGAACAGCUCUGUCUUGCAGGCCCUGCGGAAAGAUGUCAAGUCCUGCAGGGCCCUAGUCUGUUGUGACAGAGCGUUCCACCAGACUGGAGCCGCAGCCGAAAAAGCCCUGGCUCUGGUUGAGGCCAGCCUAACCUCUCUGUGGCCUGGGACCUUCAGGAUGUUUUUAUUUGAAGACCGUAAGUUCUUCUGUGGGACAUACCAGGAGAGGCGGUCCCGUAGGUAGUAGCUCUAAAUUUUGGAGAGAAUUUUGUUUAGAUGCUCUCCCUGAGUAGACCAACCUCCUUUUUCACUCCCAUCAACACUCUCUGCAGACACAACAUACAUUUGAAGUACUCUUACAUCACUCUAACAGUCAUGAAGCAUCCUGGGAACUGUAGUUUGAUAAGGGUCAGGGAAUUAUAUCUCUCGAAGGCCAACACUCUGACAAACUACAGUUCCCAGGAUUCCCUGCGGCUGUGAAAGUGGUAUAAAAGUACUUUAAAUGUAUGGUGUAUGGCUGUGACAGAUGCUGUUUUUCUAAUAAUAAAAAAGAGGUGCCAGAACUUAACAAGAACGCCUCCCUUGUUCUCGCAUAAUGGCAAUGGCGCCCACCUGAGAGGUGCCAGAACUGAGUUCCUGCUGGGGAAAAACACCCCUGGGUGUAACCCAUUUGUUUGCCAGUCUCCUUCCAACUCUUAUGAUCCUGUGAUUCCUAUGCCCACUUACCUGGGAGUCGGCUAUAUCCACAUUCAGCCAUAUACAACUCAGUGGACUUACCGUAUUUUUCGCUCUAUAAGACGCACUUUUCCCCUCCUAAAAACUAAGGGGAAAUGUGUGUGCGUCUUAUGGAGAAAAUGCAGGUGAGACGCUAUGCUCGGUGCUCCCUUUAAAGAGCCGCGUGGAGGGCAGCCCUUCUCCCUCUUCGGGGAAAAGCCCCGAAGAGCCACACACACGCUCCACAUGGUCUUUAAAGGGAGCGCGGCUCUUGAGGGAGCCUUAGCUGCAUGCAGCCUCUCCUGGGCAGGGGAUGAAGGCUCCCCUUGCCUGGGAGAGGCUGCGCAUGGCUACCCCAUAAGCCAGGACAACCAGCGGGAUCGCUGUGCAGUGAUCCCGCUUGCUGUCCUGGCUUCUGGGAUUCAGAAUAUUUUUUUUCUUGUUUUCCUCUUCCAAAAACUAGGUGCGUCUUAUGGUCUGGUGCGUCUUACAGAGCGGAAAAUACGGUGCUUCUGAGUAGAGAAGAGCACGUUGCUCUUUGAAACUGGGACCGGACUCCUCUUGACAUAAACGCUUUCCUGUACUCAAUGUUUGGGGUUUUUGUGAAUAGACAUGCAUGCAGCUUCCACUGCGUACCAUUCCACUGGCUGUUUGCUUUCGAAGAAGGGGUAAUACACCUGUUGUAACAACAGGCCAGAUUAGAGCCCUCCUUCUUUUCACUUUUGAUUAAUUACAAACAUGGGGCAUGGUUUGCAUUUGUCAUUUUCCUCCCCACUCCCCUGGGAUUGAUUAGUUAGAGGCAGGCAGACUGAGAAAUUGGGAGAAGGGGACUGUCUGAUGCUUGGUGUGCCAAAAGAGUCUAAGCUGGCUGAGCAACGCUCGGCUUUGGAUGAAUAGCUUGGUAGAUAUAGCUUUGCCUCUGGUUAUGGCAGGUCAGUUAUCUUGUGCUGACCUCUUUGGAUAAGUGGGCCAUUUGUAGUGUCUUUUUCUUUUUGCUGCAAAUCUGUCGUCUGCUUAAAAGCUGUGGGUGAAUGCUGACGGUGUUUCACUGCUUGGGAACUUAAGAAGAGUCACAUCUCAGUGGUAGAACAUCUGGUUUACAUGCAGAAGGCUCCAGGUUCCGUUCCCGAAAUCUCCAGGAAAAGCUACCUGAAACCAUGGAGAGCUAUAGUGGUACCUCGGGUUACAGACACUUCAGGUUAUGGACGCUUCGGGUUACAGACUCCACUAACCCAGAAAUAGUACCUCAGGUUAAGAACUUUGCUUCAGGAUGAGAACAGAAAUUGUGCGGCGGCAGUGGGAGGCCCCAUUAGCUAAAGUGGUACCUCAGGUUAAGAACAGUUUCAGGUUAAGAACGGACCUCCAGAAUGAAUUAAUUUCUUAACCUGAGGUACCACUGUGCUGCCUUGUCAGUGCUGACAAUAAUUAUCUAAAUGGACCAAUGGUCUGACUUGGUAGCAAGGCAGCGGUACAGGUUCCUCAGAAUAUAGGAGGAACCCUACUGGAUCAGGCCAAAGGGCCAUCUAACCAGUGGCCAACCAGAACUCGGAGGAGGCCAGAAGUCAGCUUCUCUUUUUUUGGUUGCCACCUGGCUGAUGAUAUUCAGGGGUAGACUGUUCCUGGAUAUGAGGGUUGUAUUGAGCUGUCAUGACUAAUAUCUGCUAUAUGACUGAUGUCAAGGCUUGUCCAGAUCUUGAACCAGUCAAUGUAUAUAUUUCUGAGUGCAUUUUCCCUCACAGUGUGCCUUUCUUAGCUUAAAACUGUACUGCAGAACUUGCGGUACAGCAAAAUCCAAGAGAUAAUUCUGUUCUGUGUAUUUAUCUGGGAGGUGCAAAUUAGGUCAUCUCCCUUAAAAAUGCAGAACAAAGGAAAUUCUCCAUAUUCCUCCAUAAUUGAAGCGGAGGGGGGGUAUAAUUGCUCCCACUUACUGAUGUGGGCAGCGAGCUAGAGAUAUCUUCCUACACACAUAAAAAUGCAAGGCUGUCAUCGUACAGCCCCCAUUGGAAGAUUUGUAGAUUCAAGAGGAUGGUGGCUUCAUAAUUGUGCAGAAGGUGAAAAGGAUGCUUAGUAGUUGCAGUAUGCAAGAAGAGGAAGUUACAGAAGGCUAUUAUGAGAGUAGUUUGUGUGCAAGAGGGGAUGGGGGGGAGUAAGGGAGGAUGCAUGGACAAUGGGGGUGAAGGUGAAAACAGGUGCACAGUGGGGCUGUGGAAUAGAGGAGAGAAGUGGAUUCAGAUAUAGGUUUGGGAAUGCGAAAAACAAACUUUGUCCGUACAUGGGUUGGGGAGGCGAAGUUCUUCAGGGUAAAUUUGGGGAGAGUGGCAGAGGGCUGGCUAUCAGAGCCAGCAUGUGUGCAUUCAUGUUUGUGUGUUGGCUCAGACCAAAGGAAUGGGUUCUCAAUGUUGAGAUUCUUCCCCUCCCCCCACUGCCUGAAUUUUUUCUCUCUUCUGAAAAAGAAGAGAGUUGUUUCUAAAAAUACAAACAAUUAUUGCAGUACAAUGCUUAAAAUAAUACUGGUUUGCUGAUGUGUGUGUUUUUUAAUUUCUUUUUGCUUUCAACUUUUUAUGAUUUUAUUGUUUGGUUUCAUGGUUUUUAUAUGGUUGUAAACCAAUGUGAUGUAUCUUUAUGACACAGCGACACAGAAAUUAUAUACCGUAUUUUUCUGUGUAUAACACGCCCCCGUGAAUAAGACGCCCCCUAUUUUUGGGGACUCCAAUUUAAGAAAAUGGGGGGAGAUAGCCCCGUGUAUAAGAUGACCCCCCGUCCCCCACUUUUAGCAUUAUUUUACAGUAAUAAAACCUAGACUUUACACAGAAAAGUACUGUGUGUGUGUGUGUGUGUGUGUGUGUGUGUAAAGUAACCAGCACAUAAACAGAUACAACUGUGCAUAUGACUGUACAAAAAUAUUUAUGUGUCCAUACGUACAAAAUCAGGCUGCAGAAAUGUAGUACCGGAUGUUGACUAUUUUAUGUUAUACAUAAUUAGGUUAUAUAUAAUUAGUUGGGCUUUUUUUAAAAAAAAAAGUUACAAUGCACAGACAGCACAGACCUAAGGAGUCACCCUGUGCAAUAGGUGGUCUAAUGGGGGCAAAGCUCGAAUAGGUCAGAACUACCAGAUCCUGUGUCUAAAUAUGUUUAAAAAGGAUUCCUCCUGCAUCCCUUAGUCCACCUAGUUCAGCAUCCCAUUCUCACGAUGGCCAACCAGUUGCUGGUGGGAAAUUCACAAGAAGUUUCUCCCCAGCAACUGAUCUGGUAGACAGAUCUACUUUCUGGUCUGAGCCCCGGUGUGGGAUUAUUUGAGUAGGUUAUGUUCACUGCAAAACAAAACAAAUCCUCAAGGAUCUCUACUUAUGACCUCACCACCACCACAAAAACAAAAUAAAAUCCCUGCCCCGUUCCCUUCUCAGCCUCCUUUGCAAAGUACUUCCUAGUCUCUCUGGUUCCUCUGAAAGAUGUGCUCAUUGCCUUGUUAAUUACCUCCAGUUGUGUGUGUGUGUUUUGCUUCCUUGGUGCAACGCAAAGAUACCUCAAGCUGUUUUCCAGCAAUUAACCUUGUCAUACCUUUUCAAUAACAGCACUGCUUGGGAGCAGGAUAGACCCGUCCGUAGCCUCCAAGUCAUUUUCUUUCUCAGUUUCCUUUCUGUUCUUAAUUUUCUCCUGCUGCUGCUCAGUUCUUGCCCAUCCAGCGUUACCUUAUAUUAUGUACCUUAAAAUGCAUUAAAGUCCUUGGAUGCUUAAUUUUCCUACUACAAGUAGCAGCCAUGGGGGGGGGGGGGACAUAAGAAACUGCCUUAUAUUGUCCAUCUUGCUUCAUAUUGUCUGCACUAACUGGCAGUGGCUCUCCAGGGAUCCAGGCAAGGAUCAGACCUGCAGAUCCACCUGGGCCAUUUGAUCUAACUGUACAACAGCUUCUGCUUACUUUACAGGGAGCAGAUCACAUAUAUACAGCCAACAUUACAUUCAUAUGGAAACGGUCGUAACUUUUUAUAACACCGUGUAAUUGUUCUCCAACGGAAGUCCCUGCCUUGCUGCAAUUUUCAUUCCCGCGUGUGAAUUUACCAGCAAGCACGCUGGGUCAAAGAGAAAGGGCGUGCUCUGAUAGACAGUGGCCUCCUUAGGGAGAUAGCACAAGUUACUAGACCACAACGAGUCUUCUUAGCCCUGCUAACCUUGUGUUAACAGUAGCGGCCCGCAGGGUGAGGCUGCGUGGCUAGCCUGCCUUCCCAAUGCUGUGCAUCUCUGCUGGUUACCAAGAAGGAGAAAGAGUGGGGCAAGAAAGCUGGGAACUUGGUGUGGCCUAGGCACACUGGCGGGAAUGGCAGAUUGGCACCACCUCUGUGGCAAACUCCCUGCUCCUUUGCUCUGCUUUGGGUAACUGGCAGCGCUGUGCACCAUUGGAGAUAGAGGUCAGCAGUGCAACCUGUGAUCAUCUCCUCUCUGAGUAAAUCUCCAGGUAGCCCAGGAAUGUCCCUUUUCUGGUAUCCUGGUCAGUGAUGACAGUCUUGAGCUAGCUGGACCGAUGUUCUGACUUCCUUUGUUUGGAAUCCAGGGCCUCUCUUGUUUGGAUCUGUUCUCUGACGUGUUCUUCUCCUCUCUCUCUGUCUCUCUCCCAAAUGUACUUGGCUGUCGUAUAAAGUAACAACUUCAACAGAACGGAGAAACUGCCUUAAUCAUUGCCUCUGAAGUUUUCAAUUAGGUCGUAAAGUGUUGCAUUUCCAUCUCUUCAUCCCACAUUUUUUUUUAUAUCUACUUUUUUCUUUUUCUUUCUGCAAAUCGCUCGGCAACAGAAUCUCGGUCUUCUGUAAACAUCAAGCUCUGCAUCCUGGCAAAUUGCUUGCAGAUGUAAAGGAGGGGGGGUUUUGGGGGGGUUACUUGACAGUGUCUUUUACAGCUUUUAUGGGUUUCCAAAUGGAAAGUAAAAAAAAGAUGGUGACCUUUAGCCUAAUGAAAUGAUAAUAGAUCAACAUGCACACACAAACUGCUUUCUGUAGCUGCUGGUUGCAUAUUUAACGGGGGGGGGGGGCUUGGCUUUCAAUUGCCUUCCCUGGUUGCCAGCUUAGGGACCAAGAAAUGAGAAGGCAAUGUUGCUUCUUUCAGCAGAGGGAAUCUGAUGCCUUCUCUGAAGGGAGGACAUUGGUUUCACCCAAAACUGCCCUUGGCACUCAAAGUCUUUCUUGUAUUGCAGUUGUGGGUGAUGUAGCCUCUGACAAUGAUUGGCUGAGCUGGCGUGGUGGCACCCAGUAUUCACAAGCAUUCCAACUGCUCCGGGGAGGGGAAAACAUCUGGCAUGUUCUAUAAGUAACCAUUCUUUCGAUGGCUACUUGCCAUGAUGGCAGUGCUCUGCCUCCACAGUCGGAGGCAGGAAUGCUUUUCUGAAUGCCAGUUACCAGAAACUUCAGGAAAGGGGGGUGCUCUUGUGUUUGGGUCUUGCUUGUGGACUUCCCCUUGGGGCAUCUGGGGUGGCCACUGUGAAAAAAGGACCAGAUUAGGGUUACCAGACAUCCCCGGGGACAGUCCCCAGAUUUGCAGAUCUGACAUAUUGCGUCCCUGGAAUGUCCCCAGAUUUGCAACUCUGUCCCCAGGAAACGUGGCAGCGGCAGCCUCAGCAGCCCGGAGCCAGCCUGGUAGCGCAGUUGGCUCUGGCUGGCUUUAGGAGCUGCUUGCUGCUCGCUGCUGUGCCCCCUGCCAUUUUUCAUCACCGGAAGUCCCCAUAUGAGGUGUUGCGCACAAGACACAUCAUAUGGGGACUUCUGUGAGUCAAACUGGCGGGCACCACGGCAGCAAGCAGCUCCUGAAGCCAGCCAGAGCCAACUGCGCUACCAGGCUGGCUCUGGGCUGCAGACUGCCGCUGCCACUGCUGAAGGGGAACCAGGGACGUCCAGCGGUACAGAUCUCCUGCCCCCUUUGUUUUGACUGAUCAGGGGAGGCUCACUUUUUUUAAACUCUGUGCAUUUGUGUUUCACAGGGUGUGAAAGAAGGGCUUUGCACCUUUAUACAAUAUGCAUGUGUGCUUGGGCCCAGGAUCUUUUGCCUCACCAUCCCUGUUACUGACUCCCUGUUGCUACUCAGUUUCAAAAAAAAAAAAGAGUCCCCAGAUUCAUUUAAAAAUUUGUGGUAACCAUAGACUAGAUGGGCCAUUGGCCUGAUCCAGCAAGCUCUUUGUAUGUUCCUGAUGUUUGAAGUCCAACUUCUAUGAGGAAAUGGAAGGUUGUUGGGCUGGUGUGAGAGGUCGGUAUCAUCAGGCACGUACCACUCCCUCAGUAUGGGGGGGGUGCUGGGAACUGUCCAUCCCUGGAGAGGCUUGGCUACAGUUGCCAUCUGCCCUACUUUUGCAGAGGAUAGCCCUCUGUUUGAAAGCAUCAUCUAUAUGUCCAGUCCAGUGUGAAGAUAAAGGACCAUCAUUUCAAAGGGAGGAAUGGGGGAGAGAGGGUCCCUGAUCGCAUUCCCCCACCCAUCAUCUGAGGCUGUCUCCAGCCCACGGUGCCUGGAAGGAUGAGGGAGAGAGAGCUGUCCCACCCAUGAGGCAGAGGGAAGCAGCCAUCUCAGGUGGGGGAAGCUCAAGAGAGGUGACACCCCUCUCGCCCUGUCACUUCAGCCACUGAUGGAACGCCCCCCUUUCUCUGGGUGUGUCCCAUUAUGCAGCAUUGUCACUCAUCUCCCUCACCCCUGGGGCAGGGAAGAUGAGCAGCAAGGCCUCGCAGAAUGCCCCCCUCUCACAGGGGACGGCCCAUUCUUGUCUCACCUCAGGUGGCAAAACAGGACGGGCCACCACUGGAGAAAGAAGAAUGCCUCUGGUUUUAAUCCCAGAAAGGACUUUGUUUCUCAUCCUCUUAAUGGUGAUUGCGACAACAGGCCCUUUGAAGGAAGGGAGUGAAGUGUAGCUGUUUCUGGAAUGCAUCUCUGUUGGCAGUAUGAAGUCAGAGUACGGGGACAGAUGAUGAUUUACUAAAGCUGGCUGGCGCGAGUGUUUACCUGGCUGCUCACGUUGACCUUGAGUCACUAUAGCCAGUAACAUAUUUCAGCAAAGAUAAGCUGUGCACCUGACAAACAGGCAAGAGAGGGGGGCAUUUUCAAAGUAGACAGUGUGAACUGCAGUUGGCUCAUUCUGUUCUGGGUGGUUAAUAAUAAAUUAUUAUUAUUAUUAUUAUUAUUAUUAUUAUUAUUAUUAUUAUUAUUUACUACUACUAAAUAUAUAUUCUACCUUUCCUUCAGGCAUAAAUAGUUCUCUCCCUCCCUGUACGGGUGCUUUUUGUCAAUAUCUGAGCCUUGAUUUCUUGCACAGAUCGUUGAAUCAGUGUUUUAUCCUCUUGCGGUGUUUAUCUUUCUCCUUUAUUAUCGUUGUUACAUUUUUAUUUUUAUUUUAUGCAAUCCUGUUCCUUUAUAAAAUGAGCCCAGAAGUAUGGAAGAGGAAGGAAAGUCUGUUGUCUCUUGUCCUCCUGUUCAGCUGUGACUCAGAGGGGAGGCUGGGGCUGUGACUUCUCUGCUAAAAUGAGCUUUGUGACAGAUAAGUGAAACCUCCGAGGCAGAGGGUGAGGGGGAAUUUUGGGGAGGGAAGCAACUGAAACCAUUGAUGGGGUGGGGCAUCCUUUUUGAUCAAUGAAUCCUGACCCAGCCACAAUCUAUUGAAGGCUGAAUUAUUCCUGCCACCUGUCUGCUUUCACAAUCUCGACAAGCUCUGUGAUGGAGAGCAAUAUCUUGAGAGCAGCAUCUUCCAGUUCUGUGCAGGAAAUCUCUUUUUUUGUUACUCUUUCCUGUCAUUUAAUGAGAAAAUAAAUUGCAUUUGAAAAUUAUCCAAAAAAAGGGGAGAAGAAAUGUUGAUGAAAUGUUUCGUGGGUGGGGUAUAGAAAAUACUUCCAGCUUCUUUGCUGCAUGGAUCAGGAGAUGAGCAGGGCUGUGAGUCUGUCUUUUGUUUGUGUGUAUGCGUAUGCGUGAGCACUUGUGCAUCUGUUUGUCUGCCUGCAUGUGUGUAUGAGAGAGAGGAGGAGUUUGGGCCUCACCCACUUUCUUGCCAGAGCAUUUGCCACCCUGGAACAUUUGCUGCAGAGCACUGAGGAGCUAAGAAGUUCCACCACCUUUGGUCUUUGGUCUGUGCUCACCACAAUCUGCACUGCUUCCGUUCCUCUGCAGUUCGGCUUCCACAGAUACCUACGUUCUUCCUCUUGUUAUUUGCUAUGGCCGAAACUAAUUAUGCAGUUAAUGUCAGUGCAUUUCCAUGGAAGGAAAAUACCAAAACAAUGCAGAAAACAACAGAAUGAAUUACACAAUGUUUGCAAAGAAUUCUUUUUUUAAAAAAUUAAAUAAAAAGUAACCAUAGUGAAGGGAUUGGAUUAAACCACAGAUCCUAGGACUUGCUGAUCAGAAGGUCGGCGGCUCGAAUCCCCGCGACGGGGUGAGCUCCCAUUGCUCGGUCCCUGCUCCUGCCAACCUAGCAGUUCAAAAGCACGUCAAAGUGCAAGUAGAUAAAUAGGUACCACUCUGGCGGGAAGGUAAACGGCGUUUUCGUGCGCUGCUCUGGUUCGCCAGAAGUGGCUUAGUCAUGCUGGCCACCUGACCCGGAAGCUGUACGCCGGCUCCCUCGGCCCAUAAAGCGAGAUGAGCGCCACAACCCCAGAGUUGGCCACAACUGGACCUAAUGGUCAGGGGUCCCUUUACCCUUUACUUAACUAUAGUGAACUCUGCUCAUCUUUGCUUGCACAGUUUCUGUUCCUGACCUUGGAUGAACGUACAAAUUGCGGCAAUUUCUUCUCCCAUUUCCCUUUCUGAUGCUAAACUCUGGCAUCCCUGGCCUGCGCCGACUAGUGUUACGGUUUUGUGUUAUGGUUGUGAGCUGUUGCAGCAACUCUCCCUAGAUUCAAACUCAGGGUCGUUGGCAUGCAGAGCCUGUAAUUCCAUCUUCCGUGCUCCAUGGCUGGGGAGGAGAGAGAUGUAGAAGGGGGCACGAUGCCAACAGCCUCCUCUGACCUGGAGAUGGGCCGGUCUGCCUCCAUCUAUGCAGAACCAUCUGCCCCUGGCAUAAGGGGGCUUGUGGUGUUUUCAGCUGCAUCCUUGCCACAUGCUGAAAGCGAGUCCCUUCCCACCACGGCAGGGCACACUUUGCCCUGCCUGGCGGGGGAUUUCUAAGAGGCCGCGGAUGCCUGGCAGUUCUUCUGUAUCCGUAGCGUGGGAAAAUGUGCAAACGUUCUGCUUCCCCUCCCUCUGCGACUUGGCAUGGAUUCCAGGAUCAGCUUCCAGAUGAGAGCUCCGAUUGCAGCGUGUUUGGAUUUGAAAGAUGGUUGCUGCUGGUGAAGCUUUCAUCUGAAAGCGGGGGGGGGGGGAGAAACCCACAGCAACACACACAAAUCCCAGAUUGCUGGAAAGUUUUGGGAGCCAAUCUCUCCACCCAAGCAUGUAACAUUUGACUGGCAGGCUUUACGGCUGGCAUACGGGUGCAUCAGUCGCUGGCUGAGCACGGAUGGUGUCGUUAGUUGGCAAGGACCUUGUUGGGUGUUAGUCAGGUCCCAACCCCCCCCCACACACCCCACCCCCUCCAAAGCGCAGAGGUUCCUCAUAAGAGACGUUUUUAUUGCAUUUUUCAAAAAAACCAAAAAGUGCGUCCUUUCCAGCCUUCAUAAGCAAAAUAUUUGAAGAAUGCGAAGGAGGUGUUUAUUAUUUCUUGGUGCAGCUGUGGCUGGAGAAGGGGAGAGAACCACUUCCUAUCGGCAGUGUUGCUUGAGUGGUCCCUUCCUAUCGGCAGUGUUGCUUGAGUGUAUGCCGCCCGGGGCGGGCACAUGCGUGGCAAAGGGGUGUGCAUGCACCCAGAGGGUGAAGGAGCCUGCCAUGGCACCUCAGCCCUUACUGUCAACACCACCAAAACAAUUCCACUGCAUGUUGGAGCCAAGCAGGGCCAUGUGGCACUACCUGCCUGCUAUGCAAGGGAGAGCCCGACCAGCCGACACGGUAUUUGGUGGGUGCGAACCAGGCGCCCCCACUCUGGGGCCUCCAGCAUGGCCCUGCCCGGUGCUCCCCUCUAUGACCAUUGGUUCCUCCAAUGCCAGGAGAAGGGCAUCGGGACAAGCUGCACUGGGAGUGCCUGUGGGGGGUGCCUGCUUCCUGCCACCUGAAAAAUCUGUGCCCGGGCUAAGGCCCUCUGGCACCCCAAUACUAUGCCCCUGCUUCCUGUUAUAGAGAGGCAGUGGUUAGAGCAGGCAUAGGCAAACUCGGCCCUCCAGAUGUUUUGGGACUACAAUUCCCAUCAUCCCUGACCACUGGUCCUGCUAGCUAGGGAUCAUGGGAGUUGUAGUUCCAAACAUCUGGAGGGCAGAGUUUGCCUAUGCCUGGGUUAGUGUGUCAGACUUCCACCUGGGUCAUCUUGUCAAAUACCCUGCAGUGCAGGAAUCAAAGACUUGCUUCAAAAAACUGUGAAAGCUCAGGAUCUCGCAUUCCUGUUCAGAGGCCAGUGAAAACCUUCUCAGGUGCUGGAUUGGUGAUUCCCACCCGAAGGGACCAUCCUCCGUUGAUUUUAAAUGAAGAGCAGGAGAAAUGAAGAAUGCAAAGAAUGCAGCGAAAUGAAAUAUUAGAAUUCGGCCAUGGCGAUUCAUUCUUUGUCAUCAUGUUUCAUAGGGAUCCUCUCAGUUAAUGAUGUAGACUAAUAACUUCUGGGGAAACUUUGGCCGCAGAGGGGCCAAAUUCUGCACAUACCUGUACAUCUGCCUCUGUGCAGUGAACAUCUUUCUGGCUUCCAGGCUUGUAGUUUUUGGCUGAAAUGCAGGCCAGGAAAGUCUGUUUGUGCUUACAUCUUGUUAAAAUUUAAUCCGUUCAGUUUUCAAUCUUUGGUCCACAGAACUUCAAAGAGGUGAUCAAAUCUCUGUAGCUGUUAAAAAGACAAAAAUAGAAGCAGCCUUGAAAAAGCUCGGGUAACCCAACAGCCCUUAUUUUCUGAAAAAUAAAAAAUAAAUUAAAAAAAUCUUAAAAGGGCCCCAAGUUUAUGGUAUGUAUGGGAAAGGAGGACUGACAAAUGUUUAGAGAAAUUUGUUUUAUUUUAAAGGGGAUUAGGACAAAGGCCUUGGGUUGGGCAGCUCUGAGUCCAGAUCCAUCACUCAGCCAGAACGGCAGCCCAGUCCCUAUGUGUGUUUUCUCAGAAUUACAUCCCAUAGAGAUCCAAGGUGGCGAAACCUGGCUUGCCAGUAGUACAUGUGAAAAGGAUCUAGGGGUCUCAGUAGACCACAAGCUUAACAGCGAUGCAGCUGCAAAAGAAAGAAAGAAAGAAGUUAAUGCUAUACAGUGGUACCUCAGGUUAAGAACUUAAUUCGUUCCAGAGGUCCGUUCUUAACCUGAACCUGUUCUUAACCUGAGGUACCACUUUAGCUAAUGGGGCCUCCUGCCGCUGCCGCGCCACCACCACACGAUUUCUGUUCUCAUCCUGAAGCAAAGUUCUUAACCCGAGGUACUAUUUCUGGGUUGGCGGAGUCUGUAACCUGAAGCGUCUGUAACCCAAGGUACCACAGUACCAGGCUGCAUCAACAGAAGCACAGUGUUCAGAUCAAGAGAAGUGAUAGUACCACUCUAUUCUUCCUUGGUCGGACCACACCUGGAGUGAUGUGUCCCGUUCUGGGCGCCACAAUUUAAGAAGGAUGUUGACAAGCUGGAACAUUUGCAGAGGAGGGCAACCUAGCUGAUAAAGGUUCUGGAAACCAAACCUUAUGAGGAACAGUUGAGGAAGCUGGGGAUGUUUAGCCAGGUACAGAAGAGACUGAGAGGAGCUAUGAUAGCCAUCUUUAAAUAUCUCAAAGGCUGUCACACGGAUGAUGGAGCAAGCCUGUUUUCUCCAGCUCUGGAGGGUAGGACCCAAACCAAUGGAUUCAAGAUACAAGAAAGGAGAUUCCGACUAAACAUCAGGAAGAACUUUAUGGUGGUAAGAGUUGUUUGGCAGUGAAACAAAGUCCCUCCUUCCUUGGAAGUUUUUAAGCAGAGAUUGGAUAACCAUCUGUCAUGGGUGCUUUAAUUGAGAUUCCUGCAUUGCACUAGAUGACCCACGGGGCUCCCUUUCAACUCUACAAUUUGCUUCAUCUGCUUGUUUUCUUGAGUCCAUCCAGCUCUGAUGUGACAUGAGCUGAGCACCAAGAGCUUUGCUGGAAUGUGGGCUGUGGCUCGGCAGUAGAUCACAUGCCAUGCAUGCAGAAGGGUCUGGGCGCAAUCCCCAGUGGCAUCCCUAGGGCUCAGGGAUGUCCAAACCCUGGACAGCUGCUGCCAGGCAGAGUCGUCAUUUUUCAUCACGUUUGGUCAGGGCCAGAUUUAGGUUUGAUGAGGCCCUAAGCUACUCAUCAGGUAAUGGGCCCUUUAUAUGUCCAGCUGUCCUUUGUCAACAACAAAUUGUCGCUGUUGAAUAUAUACUAUAUGGUAAUUUAUGGACCUAGAAGGUAUCUAAAGCGAUUUGCACAUGCAGAAUGUAGGCACCCUAUAUAUAGAAAUGAGCAAACCAGUGAUAUUUUAGGGAGCAGGCUAGCAGACAGGGCCCAUUACUUACAUCAUAGGAGCCUACACAACACAAAACACUGUUGCUGUGUGUAGGUUUUAUUUUAUUUGUUUUUUAUCUUAUAUUUUGGAAAUGUACAUCCAGUUUUUUUUCUCCUUUAAUUUUUUUGGGGGGCCCCCAAGAGAGUGGGGCACUAAGCUAUAGCUUGCUUAAAGGACCCCUGACUAUUAGGUCCAGUCGUGACCGACUCUGGGGUUGCGGUGCUCAUCUCGCUUUAUUGGCUGAGGAAGCCGGCGUACAGCUUCCGGGUCAUGUGGCCAGCAUGACUAAGCCGCUUCUGGCGAACCUGAGCAGCGCACAGAAACGCCAUUUACCUUCCCGCUGAAGUGGUACCUAUUUAUCUACUUGCACUUUGACGUGCUUUCGCACUGCUAGGUUGGCAGGAGCAGGGACCAAGCAAUGGGAGCUCACCCCGUCACAGGGAUUCGAACCGCCGACCUUCUGAUCAGCAAGUCCUAGGCUUAUACAUAAAUCCGGCACUGAGUUUGGUGCACUGUUUUGCCUGGUUUUUCCUCUUAGCGUGUCAGGUUGUGACGCGUGAACUCAGGCAGGAGGGAGAAGAUAAAGGUCUAUUUGCUGUUGGGAACAUAGGAAACUGCCUUCUGCGAAGUCAGGCCUUUGGUUCAUCUACCUCAGUGUUUCCCAGACUUGGGUUUCUUUGGACUACAGGUCCCAUCAUCCCUGACCACUGCUCCUUCAAGCUAAGGGUGAUGGGAAGUUGUGGUCCAAAAACAGCUGGAGACCCAAGUUUGGGAAGCCCUGAUCUAGCUCAUUGCUGCCUACACUGACUUACAGGAGCUCUCCAGAGUUUCAGGCAAGAAUCCGUCCAAACCCUACCUAGAUACGUGCAGGAAUGAAUAUGAGAUCUUGUGCACUCAUAGUAGAUGCUCUGACACUGAGGUACGGCCCUUGCCAAAAUUAAAGUAAUACAUAUAGGAGGGGCGGGUCAUUAAAUCCAGGGUCUAGAAUUACCUAGUAGGGAUGAAAUUUGAGGCGUCGUCUUGCUUCGUUAAUUUUUCACGAAUUAGAGAGCCCAUUCCUUUGUUGCAAGCUCUUUCAUUCCUGCGGAGUAUUUCAUAAGUCUUCAAUGUGCGUUUCGGAAAAAGAAUUCCACCUACGUAACCAAUAAGGAAGUGGUGCAGAACCGAGGGAAUGGGUUAGUUGUGUAAAGUAGUCCUCUGAAGGCUAAGUGUUGGUAGCCACAAGCAGGAGAGGACUGCCACCUCCAGGCCCUCCUUGUGGGAUUUCCGAAGUUAAAGCCCUAAUUGUGGUUUCCUCCAGCUGAUUGUUCCACCUUUCUCGACCCGACAGAAGCAGGGGUGAGAUCUGCGCUCAGAGGGCACCGUGGCUUCAGCCAUUGAUUACAGCGGGGGAAACAGAACAUUGAGAAUGGAGAUUGCUUACACUUUUUUAAAAAGGACCAAUUUCUCUCUCUCUCUCUCUCUCUCUAUAGUAUUUAUAUAUAUAGUAUAUAUAGAUAGAUAGUAUUUUUUCGUGUAUAACACGCCCCCGGGUAUAAGUCGCCCCCUAUUUGGGGGGACUCAAAAUUAAGAAAAUGGGGGGAGAUUACCCCCAUGUAUAAGACUACCUCCCCCCCCCCCUUUUUAACAUUAUUUUAAAGUAAAAAAAAUACCUAGUCUUAUACACGGAAAAGUACAGUAUAUAAAAAAACUAAGUAAAUUUCGGGGGGAAGAAAGUCUUUGUAAUCCUACAAACACAUGUGGGCUCUCUUGUAAUGCUCAUUUGCUUGGGGGGGGUGUGAUUCAGAAUAUGUGCUUUUGUAAAUAAUUUUGAAAAAAGGGCAAACUCAAAGUGCACCCCUGCUCCAGAGCCUGUAUUGCAAAGCCAUGUUGUGAUGAUGGGGUGCCAGAUUAUAUCCUUUGAAAUUCACAAUUUUCUGAAUUUUGCAAUGCAGUUCUCCGGUGGCAACAUGCAUACCAAAAAAAUAUAAUUACAUGUUAAGAGAAGAAGCGCCCAUAAUAAUGGUACUGUUCAUGAGAAUCGUAUACAAACAUUUGAACUCAUUACAGGGAAAUGCAUGAAUGAAGUGAGAGAAACACAAAAGACAUGCACAAAUUUGUAGGACUGAGAUUGGAGGCAAAUUAUUUAGUGAUAGUAGCUUGCCUGCACUCAGCUUUUAGUCACAUUUCUUCAUUUGAAAUAUUUCGUUUGCCACCCCCCUGCUCAGGUGUAGGAUUGUGGCCUAAGUUUUUUAAAUGGGUUUUCCAGUGCUGAGAGACGUCCUCACACAAUUGACAACCAUAAUUACAGGGUUAAUGCCAGGGGAAAGCCAUGUAGAUUUUCUGCAGAGCAAAUGCCUUCCUGCUCAGCUUCUAGCAUGUGGUCCUGGGGAAUACUUUAGCCAGGGGAAGUGAAAAAUCUAAUUUUAGCGCCAGAGUUCUUGUACUCCACAACCCUUUAAUUUCUCAUUCUUUUAAGUCCACAAUCACUUGCAGCCAUGGGGCAUUUCACUCCGCCCUGUGAGCCUGAAAGCUGGGCCGUGCUGUAUUCUUUAAAAUGCAGCUACUGUUCAUUCUCUAUAGCUGCGUCGCUCGUUUCAAAUCAAAUUCACGUAUAUUAGGGGAAGGGGGGAGGUGUUGGGGUUCUGGGCAGCAAUUAAUAAUAUGCAAGUGUGUGGAUUUAUAGCAAGUGUGCUGGGUUUGUGUGCACAAGGAGCAGUGGUUUUGUUAAAAAAUAAUAAUGCAAUGUCAUUUUUUUAAAAAGAUUCUAACUCUGGAAGUGAGCCCUACAUGAGCCGGUGUUGUAAACUGGUCAGAAUGGUCAAAUUAUCCCAGGCAGAGAGGCUCAGUCCUGUGUUUCAGCUGAUUUACCUCACAGGGUUUUUGUAAGGAUGUGGUGAUGGUGGGAACUAGGCACACCUGAACUCCUGAGAGGAAGAGUUGGCUAAAAACUUAAGUAAUAUUAGAAUAACUUAAGCUGGAUCUGGACACAUUAAAAAAAAAUUUUUUUUCAGAAAAACGUGUUGUAAACCUCAUAAAGGGAAAUCCUGUUGCCCAGAGACAGAACUCUACAGCUCCAUAUGGUGUCACAGUGUUAUAACCCAUUUUGUUGUUGUUUAGUCAUUUAGUCGUGUCUGACUCUUCGUGACCCCAUGGACCAGAGCACGCCAGGCAUUCCUGUCUUUCAUGGCCUCCCUCAGCUUGGUCAAACUCAUGUUUGUAGCUUCGAGAACCCAUAUAACCCAUUUAAAACACCUUUAUUAUUAUUUUUACUAAUAUAGCUGAGUCCUUAAUCAUCAUCCCUCACUUGGGGGGGGGGGGAAUUGAGCCUAAGGAUGCAAUUCUAAAUGGUGACCACAGAUUGCCACUCUGUUUACAGGAUGCAGCACGGGGAAGAAUUUGGGAGGUUUCAUGGUUGCCCUUUGAGGUUUGACCCACUUGCUAGAGCUUACUUGUGGUGCUUGGUACCACACAUCCCACACAAUGUAUGUUUACCCACCCAUAAGUCACCAGAGGGAGGGCGGGAGCCGCCACCCUCACUCUCGAUUUGACGUCACAUAUCACCUGGUAAGCCCUAGCUCAUUGGCUGCGUUGUGUCGUCACCAACUCAGCGUCACUUCCUGCCCUCCUUCCGGUGCUCAGAAUGACCAGGGAAAAGCACAUCCGCCCCCAGGAUGACAAAUAGCUGACAGCAUAUAGGUCAGGGAAGACAAACAGGCUUUCAGCUCAAAGAAGUUCCCUCAAAACCACUCGGCUCAGCCUUAACAGCAGAAGUUAUUUGCUGUGACGGGAACUCCACCAUAUCUUGAAAUUGUAAUGCCCUCUGUUGAAAGCUUUUGGGUAACCAAUGUGGUUUACUCUUAAGCCACAGAGAAUGCCGUCUUAACGGAUGCCGCCUGAGGGAAUUGGAAAAGGCGAUGGAUCUGGUGCCAAAAUUCUAGGGUGGAAGUAUCCUCGCCGUGGGGUGCUUUCCCAACUAUCGUUCCUCUCGGCGCAGCUUCUGCAUGAAACCUUCUUUGUGAAUCAGGCCCAACAUUUCUGCAGCCCCCCUCUAAAAAAAGAGGGGGGUAGGGUGGCCAAAACUGGUUUUGAAAUCAUGAGGUUUCAAAGCACCGGAGAGUUGUUUUCUAGAACUAUUAAGCUACAGUUGGAGAAACACAUGUUGUGAGUCAAAAUAUGGCCCCCAGUCCUCUCUCUGUGGCCCCUGGGACUCUCCCCCAGGAGUGGGGAGCAUUUGGGGGCCAAUUUGGGUGGGGCCAGAGAAACAAAUGCGAAUUUUAUCCUUUCUCAGCAGGCUUCUUUCCAUACUCAAACCACAGGCAAUAGUUGUUAUCAGAGUCCAAGGGUACAUCCCACUGGCAAAAAGGCACAAGGAAGGCGCAAAACAGGCCUGUGAAAAGGGUUGUGGCUGCAGAGAGUUUCCAGGACCAGAUAGAGAGGCCUGGAGAUCUGCAAUACCACCACUACCAAAGCCUGAGAUACCCUAGAAGCAAAGCGCAUAUCGCCAUCCUCUUGCUUCCAGCUGGCAGUUCAAGGUACUGCUCAGGCACCUUCUGAAAUCAAUGGGAUUUACGUGCCUAUUAAGCAGGCGUGGAGUCCCCGUGGGCUUUUAAGAACUCAUCCCUAUAAACCCCCUUGAGGACUUGGAAUCAUAAUAAUAAAAAGCGAGCGAGAACAGCAAACUGUAAGAAAUGAAAUCUCUAAUCCAUCUUCUGACCUGGCCUCCCCCUCGGCAUCAAAUGAAAGCAGAUCCUUUAAUCUCGCCACUGUCUAAUUACAGCCGGGGAAAACAUGCUAAGCAAAGCUGUGCCAAAGUGGCACUCUGUGCCAGGAGAGGGGGACCCACCCCACACUGCCAUCCUCUCGAAGGCAUAGCCAGAAAAAAACGCACCUGCCUUUGAACCGAUUGCCAGGGGCCACAUGCUGGGUUGCAGCCAACUAUGCUUUACCCAGAGUAGACCCAUUAAAAUUGAUUUCAGUGCUCCGAGUCGGACUAAUUUUGGAAACAACCCUCUGAUGCAGUGGAAAACAGGCAGGUGUCCGAUUUUAUCCUUGAGGUUUUAAGCGCUUGAUUCUCCCACUUUGGUUGUGUCACAUGUUUGCAGCGUAGACAACCUGGAAGUAAUGCUAACCACCCCCUUUUUCUGACCCUAAGCAGUGUCUGCUCCACAUUCCCUUGUCUCCUGUAUGACUAAAUUACUUCUGCGCCCACAGCCUUUCAUUGUUAAGUAGCUUAAAGAGAUAGCCAGCUGCUGCUUCCCCACUGGUAAACACACCUUGCCAUGUCUGUGUGGUGAUAUCCUGGGAUCUUCACAAACACUCCAACUUUGGAAGGGGAAGGGCCAGUCAUUAAAUGUUGAUCGCUGCAAGGGAAGUGGAAGCCCAGUAUUUUUCUGGGAUAAAACCAGCUUAAUGCCAAGGGUGGGAGGGAGGUGAGGAGGAGGAGGAGGAGGAGACAGACCCAGGUAGGCAGGGGGAAAUGCUCACAUAGGACAUGGGAACAUGAAGCAGCAAGGUGGUUUUAAUAUUAUCUGCUAGAUUUUGCUCUUCCUUCAAACCAGCACCUAUGGGUCUCCUCGGCAGGCAACUGUUAUUAUCACAGUUCAAAGGUGCUAUUCAGCCAGGCAAAACCACCAAUGGCCCCCAAUUAUUGUCCUGCACCCACGCAGUGGGCAAACGGCUUACCUGAUAUGUGGAAUGAUUCACACUUGGGGAAGUGUCAUUGCAGGCCAUCCCUGCCUCAUCGUAUUGUUGGGGGUGCCAAGUGCAUCAGUAGGCUGGCUGGCAGUUCCUUGCCACCAAGCCUUUAGCUGCGGAUCCCCAUUCCUUGGAAUCAUAGAGUUGGGAGGGACCCCAAGAGGCAUCUAGUCCACCCCCCCACCCCCCGCAAUGCAGGAAUAUGCAGCUGCCCCUUAUGGGGCUCGAACCUGCAGCCUUGGUUUGUUUUUGUUUCAUUAUGUAUUUUGUGUUCUAGUUUUGCAUUUUUAUGUUGUGAUCCGCCCUGGCAUCUUCGGAUGAAGGCUGGUAUACAAAUUAAAUCAACAAUUAAUAAUAAUAGCAAAGAACUCUUCCUCCUCAGUGUUCCACCCACCAACCUUCUCCAGAGUGACCCUAAGAGCCAAUCCUCAGUGGCUGACUCGCCUCCUUUCACUCUGAUUAGCUCCAACCAGCACAAAGGAUGAGAAGACUGCUUCUCAUUGGCUUCAAAGCUCCUUCAUGCUGAUUGGGCAGCUCCAGGGUGCUGGAGAGUGGGACCCUGCUGCAGAAUUAGUAACCCCUGCCAUCCUGGACUAUAACCACUCCCAGCAUUGGCUAUGCUGGCUGGAGCUGAUGGGAGUUCAGAAUUCAAUUGCAUCUCAGGGACCGUUUCCCCAGCCCCGCCUUUGUUGAUGUGGAGCAAAUGUGAGCCUGUGGACGUUUCGUGAAAUUCUAGCCCAUGGUGGUGGGAGGGGAGGAUGUUCUGUGAUGUUCUGCUGGUUGUUGCACAUGAUAAAGGGGAGUUCUGUAUCUUGGCUGACAACCGGAGAGACGUUUCCUCAGCAAAUUCUUGGCUCGCACUUGCAGUUUGGGAAGGUUGGUGGAGCUUGCCAAGUGGAAUGUGGGUUGGAACGAGGGCGGGAUGCAUGUCAGGAAGUCCCUGGGGGGAGAAUGUAGGCCUUUUCUUUCUUCUCCUCAAAAAGCAGCGCUCUUGCCUUGGGGUGGAACUGCUGGAUGCCGCAUGCUGUGUUGGGCGAGGGCUGAGCUAAAACUGCACACCUCGCUUCGUGUGAGCAUAUUUCAGGGAUAUAUAUACAGCAGUACCUCGGGUUACAUAUGCUUUAGGUUACAUACGCUUCAGUUACAGACUCCGCUAACCCAGAAAUAGUACCUCGGGUUAAGAACUUUGCUUCAGGAUGAGAACAGAAAUUGUGCUCUGGCGGUGCGGCGGCUGCAGGAGGCCCCAUUAGCUAAAGUGGUACUUCAGGUUAAGAAGAGUUUCAGGUUAAGAACGGACCUCCAGAACGAAUUAAGUACUUAACCUGAGGUACCACUGUACAGUAAACACAAUUGCAUACCUCUAGUUAAAUGUAUAUAUUCAUUGUGAAUAUAUGCACAGUGUUUUGAUGCUGUACUUCAGGCACAGGCAAACUCGGCCCUCCAGAUGUUUUGGGACUACAACUCCCAUCAUCCCUGACCACUGGUCCUGUUAGCUAGGGAUGAUGGGAGUUGUAGUCCCAAAACAUCUGGAGGGCCGAGUUUGCCUAUGCCUGCUGUACUUCAUGCUACCAAGCUCACUUUCCUUCUGUGCUUUCACUGUCCACAACCGGGAGUGAGGGAAAGGGCUGGUGAGAGCAAAACAAAAAUUAGGAAAAUGAUGGCAAUAGGAAGGGGUAUAUUGAACAGCACUUAAAUGUUCAGCAACAACAGUAUCACUUUGGUGGUGGUGGUUAUUGUUGUUGUUGUUUAGUCGUGUCCGACUCUUCGUGACCCCACAGACCAGAGCACGCCAGGCACUCCUGUCUUCCACUGCCUCCCACAGUUUGAUCAAACUCAUGCUGGUAGCUUCAAGAACACCAUCCAACCAUCUCAUCCUCUGUCAUCCCCUUCUCCUUGUGCCCUCCAUCUUUCCCAACAUCAGGGUCUUUUCCAGGGAGUCUUCUCUUCUCAUGAGGUGGCCAAAGUAUUGGAGCCUCAGCUUCACGAUCUGUCCUUCCAGUGGGCACUCAGGGCUGAUUUCCUUAAGAAUGGAUACGUUUGAUCUGUUUGCAGUCCAUGGGGUUCUCAAGAGUCUCCUCCAGCACCAUAAUUCAAAAGCAUCCAUUCUUCGGCGAUCAGCCUUCUUUAUGGUCCAGCUCUCACUUCCAUACAUCACUACUGGGAAAACCAUAGCUUUUACUAUACAGACCUUUGUUGGCAAGGUGAUGUCUCUACUUACCAUGCAUUAAAUUUAUAUAGCUGUCCAUCAACAGCUGCAGCUUGCUGUUCUAAUCUUAUGAAAGAGAAAAGCUUUUCUCUGUCUGCUUUCUCCAUGGCCUGUAUAGUAUUAUAAACUUCUAUCAUGUCCCCUUUUACUUGCCUUUUCUCUGAACUAAAAAGUCCCAAACAUUUACCCACAGGGGAGUCGCCCUAUCCCCUUGCUCAUUUUGGUGCCUUUUGCUGAAACUUUCCCAAGCCUGCGACAUCCUUUUUGAGUCGAGGUGACCAGAAAGAUUUCCCUGGGGAGAUGCUGGUGUUUGUCGCAUGCCCUCACAGAAUAUCCAGCGCCUUGCACAUUUGACCAGGUGCACUCUGUUUCCCGUGCCAGCUGGAGAAGGAAGCACACAGAAAGAAUCUUCUGUUCUUUCUGCCCGCCUACCAGGGUUGGCAUGGGGUUGUCCUUUGGUUCCAGAUCAGGCUUGCAAAAAACCUCAAUUAAGAUGAAACCUUUUGUGUAGCUCUCCCUUUUCCCACCGGAGCCAAAGGACUUCCCAGCCAUCCUCCCUUUGCCCAGCUCUCACAAGUAUUGGGGUUAUGUGGCUUGGCUUUGAAAAAACAUAAUAUUAACCCUGCUCAAAGCAACCACCCUUUUCCCCACCCCUCUCCAUUUUGCUUCUGAAUUACCUUGUUUUUGCACCGCCCGGGUUCUAUUCAUUCUUUUGUGUCCCCAUUGGGAAGGGCAGGCUGUUGUUCCCAAAACCGUGCCCUCCCACUGUCCUGUUGCCAAAGAACGUAGUGAAAAGAUCGGCUUAGAAUAAAGGGUUUAGAAUGGAGGGGAAAUACAGGUUUGGCAGGGAGGAAGAUUGUGGCUCAGGUCACAACCCAGUGACCUGCCCGCAGCAGAAAGAUACUGCCCAUAAUUUGCAGACCUCAUCCUUCCCAACUUCCUUUCCUUCUGUGUUGUGCUUCAGAAACCAACUUAUGGAAGCUGCCAAGGGUGUCAACUUGAAUAAAAUGGGGGGGGGGGAGGUAAGCUCCGCCCUUCAUAUGUGAUUAUAUGAUGUAGCACACACACACCAUAUGAAUGGCAAUGCCCAACAACUUGCGGGGGGGGCAGCUCCCUCAAAUAUUUUAUUGGGGUGGGGGAUGGACCUCAGCCCCCAGGAGUUGGCCCCUAUGUAAGCUGCCCUUUUUUCAGCUGAAGCGCAGCUUAAAAAUACACAAUAAAAGUAAAUCAGCCCCACUGUGGUGUAGAGGGGCUGUUCAUUCAUUCAGAUUAAAGGUGGUUGUGCUAACCUGUUCAGGAGGAGGGGAGAUCAAAUUCAUUCUCUCUGCCCAUUCCAGCUGCACACCUUGGUAACAUUGCUUGCCCUGUCCUGGACAAUAUCCUUUGGAGGAUGCAGCAACCAGAACUGUACAGAAUGCAUCUCAAGCACGGUCACACAAUGGAUCUGUAUAAAGACUGGCAGUUUUAUUUUUAAUCCCAUUCCCUCCAAUGGGCUCACAGCUUUGUAUGUAGUCCACCUCCAUUUCCCCUUCACAACAACCUUGUGCCAGGCUGGGAGUUUGUGACUGGCUCAAGGUUACCCAGAGUAGGGAUUUGAACCCAGGUUCCCCUGACAUUCUAACCCAGUGUUUUCCAAACUUGGAUCUCCAGCUGUUUUGGGACUACAACUCCCAUCAUCCAUAGCUGUCAACUUUUCCCUUUUCUUGUGAGGAAUCCUAUUCGGAAUAAGGGAAUUUCCCUUUAAAAAGGGGAAACUUUGACAGCUAUGCCAUCAUCCCUAGCUACCAAGACCAGUGGUCAGGGAUGAUGGGAAUUGUAGUCCGAAAACAGCUGGAGACCCAAGUUUGGGAAGCACUGUUCUAACCUCUGCUCCACAGAUAGGAACCCUGAUGCUCUCAGACAUUGUUGAGCUCCAAAUCCCAUGGGCAUGGCCUAUGGGAUUUGUAGUCCCAGCAGCAUCUCGAAGGCCACAGGCUUCCUCAUCUCUGCAGCAUUUUAUAUUACACCGCAGAGCUGGUGCUGUUGGCGGUGGUUCCUUAAAACAGCAACGGCAGAACUGCAACGGCACUUGGGAUCCUGCGACGCUAACCCUCAAGAUUCCCCGGAGAUCUUCCUGAGCCGAAGGAGGCGGCCAGCCCCUCGCUUCCUGACAUUGUGUUCCUCUUUCCUCGCAGUGCUUCUCCGGGAAGAGGUGUCCCAGCUUCAAGAGGAGGUUCACUUGCUCCGGCAGAUGAAGGAAAUGCUAACGAAAGACCUGGAGGAGACCCACGGCGGCAAGUCGACGGAGAUCCUCUCGGCCACCGAGCUCAAGGUCCAGCUGGCGCAGAAAGAGCAGGAGCUCGCUAGAGCCAAAGAAGCCCUCCAAGGUAAGACCUGGACUUCCCUUCUGUAUAUUGUCAUGACAUGAAGUGUGCAUCAUUCACUCCGUUCGCCCCGCCUCUCUAAGCCCAAGCUACUCGCCUCAUUUGUGAGCUUUGAGCAGCACAUGUCUCGUUCCCUUCCCACUCUGGGUAAAGGUAAAGGGACCCCUGACCAUUAGGUCCAGUUGUGGCCGACUCUGGGGUUGCGGCUCUCAUCUCGCUUUAUUGGCCGAGGGAGCCGGCGUACAGCUUCCGGGUCAUGUGGCCAGCAUGACUAAGCCACUUCUGGCGAACCAGAGCAGCACGGAAACGCUGUUUACCUUCCCGCCGAAGUGGUACCUAUUUAUCUACUUGCACUUUGAUGUGCUUUCGAACUGCUAGGUUGGCAGGAGCAGGGACCGGGCAAUGGGAGCUCACCCCGCCGCAGGGAAUCGAACCACCAACCUUCUGAUCUGCAAGCCCUAGGCUCUGUGGUUUAACCCACAGCGCCACCCGUGUCACAGUUCUGUGAUUUUCUGUUCUGUAACUUGUGGGCCCUCUGCCUCAUUUGGGCCCUGUUUCAUCCCUUUGGCUGUGUUGCAGAUUCCACGCACCCUCAACCACAAUAAUGUACUGAUGCUCCUCUAAUGUGAUGUCAUGAAAGAAAGCCCACAUGGGCUACCUCAGGGUUGUUAAAUGGCAGCCGCUUUCUAAUCCUUACUCAGAGCAGGCCCACUGAAAUUAACAGACGCAGCUGACUUAGGCCCCCAAACUUCAGUGGGUCAACUCGGAGCAAAACUUGGCUGGGUGCAACUGAGUGUUGGCAGGUGAGGGUAAGGCCAGUGAAGGCAAAAUAAAGACUGGGAAUGGGAAACCGCAGCCAGGACGAAAGGUUGCUGAUCCAAACUGGGAACCAUGCAAAAGUGUUACAAAAUGGGGAAACAGCUCAGUCGUCCCCCAAUGCUCAGAGCCAAACUUUUCCCGCCCCCCAUCCUUCUAUUCCCAUGUCCCACAAAAAGGGAUUCUUUCACCAGUGGAGAAAAGGCUGUCCCUUCACCACGGGAAACAGAAUUGGUCUCUAAACAUAUACGCCUUUUAUACACACCUUCCAGACCUCAAACACAUACACACAGGAUCUUUUCGUUGGCACAACUGGGAGGCCGGGAGGGGUGCUAUUCAUUCACUGUUGGAAGUUUUGCAAAGGAAGGGAAUUGGGCUCCCCGGUAGGUGUUUUUAGAGAUUCCUGCCUGAUGUGGUCAGAUCCAGUAAAAUUCAUCUGAGCCUUGAAAAGCACACAGAGUUGAAGGAGGAAGUGGGAAAGAGUGCCCCUCUAUCGACCUCUUCCUUCAACUCUAUGUCCUUUUCGAGGGCUGCAAAGCUAACCACCUUCACUAUCUCGUGGGGCAGCUCAGAAACUCCGUGAGUGCCAGGGGAAGACCUCAAGGGCAUCAUGGUACCCAGGGACACCACCUUGGAGGCCCCCAUGUUAGGGGCUUCCCAUAAGCACCUGUCGGCUGGAUGGACCUUACGCUCUGAUCCAGCAGGACUCUGGUGUUCAUAUGCAGAGUUCUGCAUAGCCCUGCUGGUGCAAAAGGAGAGGGAGGGGGGUUCUCUCUGCUAAUGUACUAGAAGCUCAGCGUGGAUGCGGCAUUUCAUAGCUACGCUAAACCGCCAGUCCUGAUUGCUCCCAUCUAUCCAAAUUACCUGCAGAGGAAAGCGACUUCCAGCGGUUCAUGCUGGGCACCGAGAGACUCUAAAUAUAAACUCCAAGCUGCACAACAUACCACAUGUGGGUUCCUCUCUUCUGGUACCUUUCCAAAGGUUGCAGAGAAAUGCCAUCAAAAGACGUUAGACUCAAACAUGAUAAAAGCACAGUCUGUUUAGCAAGCAGGAGAAAGCGAGAGCAGAGGAGAAAUGCAAUGAAAAUCAGUGGUAAGGAGGCAGCUUCCAAGGCCUGUAGAGCAUGGGUAGGCAAACUAAGGCCCGGGGGCCGGAUCCGGCCCAAUCGCCUUCUAAAUCCGGCCCGCAGAUGGUCCUGGAAUCAGCGUGUUUUUACAUGAGUGGAAUGUGUCCUUUUAUUUAAAAUGCAUCUCUGGGUUAUUUGUGGCGCAUAGGAAUUCGUUCAUAUUUUUUCCCAAAAUAUAGUCUGGCCCCCCACAAGGUCUGUGGGACAGUGGACUGGCCCCCUGCUGAAAACGUUUGCUGAACCCUGAUCUAGGGGCUACUUAGUAGGGUCGACUGGCAGCAGCUCUUGAGUCUCAGACAGAGGAGAGGCUUCUAGGCCACUUGCUCCCUGAUUCUUUUAGCUAUAGAGAUGCUGGAGGUUGAACCUGACCUUCUCUUUCUUUUUUGUUAAAUGCACAGUAUGGUAAGGCACCACUUGUUAAAUUCUUAUCUGUAUUCAUUCUGCCUUAAUUUCUCAGAAUGUGGGUCUGCUUUCUGGACUGCUCUGUCCCUUCUCCACUCUGCACACAGAGAGUUGCCGGUUCAAUCCCUGGCAUCUCCAAAUUUGACCUCUCUCUUAAAACCUGGGAGUGUCUCUGCUGGUCAGUGUGGACAAUAUUGAGCUAGUUGGGCCAUAGUUGGACCAUAUAGAAUCACAGAAUUGUAGAGUUGGAAGGGGCUCCAAGGGUCAUCCAGUCUAACCCCCUGCAAUGCAGCAGUCUCAGCUAGAUCAUCCAUGACAGAUGGCCAAACAACCUCUGCUUAAAAACCUCCAUAGAAGGAGAGUCCACCACCUCUUGGUGGGAUCCCAUACCUCUGUCAAACAGCUCUUCCUGUAUUAAAGUUCUUCCUGAUGUUUUAUUCAGAAUCUCCUUUCUUGUAGCUGGCGUGGGGAGGGGAGACUCAGAAGGAUUCAAAUUGUGGUGCUAGGAUGCCUUUCCCAAAGAUAAUAAUAAUAAUAAUAAUAUUUUAUUUAUAUCCCGCCCUCCCCAGCCAAAGCCGGGCUCAGAGCAGCUAACAACAGUAAAAAUAGCACAGUUUACAUAAAAUCACAGUCAAUUAAUUAAAAUACAUUCUAAAAUCAAUUCAGAAUCGAAUUAAUGGCAACCAUUGGGCUAGAGUUCUAUGAUGAUUACAGAAGGAGAGAGGGGGUUAGACUGUGCCUUGGCCAAAGGCCUGGUGGAACAGCUCCGUCUUGCAGGCCCUGCGAAAAGAUGUCAAGUCCCUCAGGGCCCUAGUCCCUUGUGACAAAGCGUUCCACCAGAUUGGGGCUACGGCCAAAAAAGCCCUGGCUCUGGUUGAGGCCAGCCUAACCUCCCUGUGGCCUGGGAUCUCCAAGAUGUUUUUAUUUGAAGACCGUAAGGUCCUCUGUGGGACAUACCAAGAGAGGCAGUCCCGUAGAUAUGAGGGUCCUAGGCCGUAUAGGGCUUUAAAGGUGAAAACCAACACCUUAAACCUGAUCUGCCCUUUGGUAAAUAGCAGUGGCAGAGCGUGCUUUCAUUGUGCCAGGGUGGGCAGGGUGCAGAGGGUGAAGGGAGCCCAUUGCAUGCCCAGCGUCACCAGCCCUGAGCCACUUUGUGAGGCUGGAAUGGCCCUUGCAAAGCAGUUCGGGGAGGCUGUCAUGAGAAGGACGCCAUGCACCCUUCAUUCCCACCCUCGCCCUUAGUAAAUAGAGAACACAGGACAUAUACCCCUUUGUCUUUUGGGGAUUCAGGUUAGACAAAUUUGCAGAGGAUAAGGUUACGAGUAGCUACUAGCCUGUCAGGAUGCUGUCAGCAGCUCCCGGCUGGUUGCCCAGGAAAGCAUAAAGAUAAGGAAAAGUUUCUUACAGUCCUUUUUUAUUUCAGUCUUUACAGAGAGAGGCUAUAGAACCCAACCUCUUGGACAAUGGUGUUGUGUCAAGUGAAUCUCCACCCCUCCAUCUCUCCCACUUCCUCAUUCAUCAUCUUCACCUCCUCUAUGGGUGCUGCUAUGUACCGUCUCUCUUCGAGCUCUUUGCUCUCCUACUUUUAAGGCUCGCCGGGUUCUAUGAGAUGGAGGUCUGGGAUGCUUUCUAAUGACAACAUGUUGCUCUGGCUCUCCCACGAUUUCCCAACGUUUCCCCUCAUCUGCCUCUGAGCUGCGACCUCCCUCAAUCCACUGUUGUAAAUCUAUACUGUCUUCCUCUUCCCUGGAAGGGUCAGGAUGGGGAGAUGGUCUCCAUCAUUCCUCCUCCUUGUCUCUGACAUCGCCCCUACGUUUUCCCUCCACGGUUGGGGGCAGUCCAUGCUUCUGAAAAGCAGUGGCUGGAAACUGCAGCAGGGGAGAGCUGCUGUUACACUCAGGUCCUGCUUACAGACUUCUCUCAGGCCUCUAGCUGGCCACUCUGAGGGCAGAAUGCCGGACUUGAUGGGCCUAUGGCCUGAUGCAGCAGCCAGGCUCUUUGUUGUUGUUGUUGUUGUUGUUUUGUUCUUAAGCUGAGGAGAGUCUGCAUGUUGCCACACGAACAGAGCUUGACGGCCACCUGAACUGUUCUCCUGCUGAAUGUGGGUGUAUGUUUGGCUAUGCUUGACGGGCUCCAGUAGCGCUUUGCUUUACACAGCUCUCUACUCCCGACACAGACUCAGCAACAGCCGCAAUUUUAGUAACAGAUGUUAAUUCUUAUUUGGAGAGGGAAGACUCCUGCGCUCUGCUCCCUUUGAUUAAUUUUUUUUUCCCCUUCCAGUUCGCUGCUUCCAAACCUGCAAAAAUUGCUGAGAUGCCUCUUUCCUUGAGCCCCUUAAAAUCCCAGCGAUCUGCUGAAGAGGGGCUUACCUUAUCGUAGCCUGAAUGCAGAACAGGGAUUAAUUGGGCCGCCUCUGAGAUGCGUGGAAAUGCAUUGCCAGGGAAGGUUUUUGAUCGGCUGUUUAUUGUAGUGCAAAUGCUACGAUAAGCCGCCUGCCACCCUCCUUUCUCGUGCCGCGGAAAUGAACACUUCUCCAAACGCAGGGGAAGCGUGGAGGAAAUUGCCUGGCGCAGACAACUUGGGUGAAAAUUAUAUGUCGAGAUGCAAAAUAGGCUGGGUCACAUGCAUCUCAGGAGCUGGUGGGAUUCUGGAUCAGGUCACAAUGAUUUAGAUGGUGUUAAAAGGGGGGUUAGACUAAUUCUGGAAGGAUAAAAGGUAAAGGGACCCCUGACCAUUAGGUCCAGUCGUGGCCAACUCUGGGUUUGCGGCGCUCAUCUCACUUUAUUGACCGAGGGAGCCGGCGUACAGCUUCCAGGUCAUGUGGCCAGCAUGACUGAGCCACUUCUGGUGAACCAGAGCAACGCACGGAAACACCGUUUACCUUCCUGCCAGAGUGGUACCUAUUUAUCUACUUGUACUUCAUGCUUUCAAACUGCUAGGUUGGCAGGAGCAGGGACUGAGCAACGGGAGCUCACCCCGUCGCGGGGAUUCGAACCGCCAACCUUCUGAUCGGCAAGUCCUAGGCUCUGUGGUUUAACCCACAGUACCACCCACAUCCCUUCUGGAAGGAUAGGAUCAUAGAAUUGUAAACUUGGGACCCCAAGAGCCAUGUAGUCGAACCCCCUGUAGCACAGGAAUCUUCUGCUCAACAUGGGGCUCGAACUCACGACCCUGAGAUUAAGAGUCUCAUGUUCUACCAACUUGAGCUAUAAUGGGGCAGGACCAUAGCCCAGUGGCAGGGCAUCUACUUCGCAUGCGGAAGGUCCCAGGUUCAGUCCCCUGCAUCUCCAAGUAGGACUGGGAGAGAUCCCUACCUAAAAUCCUGGAUAACUGCUGCCAGUCAGUGUAGUUAAUACUGAGCUAGAUAGACCAAAGGUGUGUCUUGGUACAAGGCCGCUUCCUGCAUUCCUCCUUAAAUCAGCCCUUUAUUCAGAACCAUGAGGACUGGAAUCUUGCUUCGUUUUUGCAAGCAAAAGGGAAUGUCUCCUGCCUGAAACCCUGGAGAUCCAUUGCCAGGGCUGGAGAACCUGCCCAGGAAUCCAAAGGUGGGCAGGGGCAAAGGCAAAAAUGGGCAGAGCCAUGAAUGUAAAUUCCAGUUCUGCAUGGGAGUUCAUGCAAAGAGGCAUUAUCACAGUUCAAGGACACAUUCCAUUCUUUAUUUACUUACAAAUUUUCCAAAAAUGAAAUACAAUUGGUAAACGCUUUCCAAUAUACAUUCCCUUGAUAGUCGACUUCCCUUCCAGCCUUCCAUGGCUUCCUCAAAUUAUCUAUUGCUGCUGCAUAUUAUAAUUGACUUAUGCCUUCCUUCCUUCUCCUUAUUCUCAGAAUAACUUUUGCUGCUGACCUUACUCUAAACCUGCCAGCGUUUUAAUAUGUUUGCAAAAAAAUUUUUUUUUAAUAAUCUACAUUUUCCAACCCUCCUUAAAGGCCGUCUCAUCUCAUUCUCUAUUUUUACUAGUUAAACUUUCCAAUUCAGCAUCUUCCAUCAAUUUCAACCGCUACUACUCUUUCCUGGGUACUGCAUCCUCAAGGACCCAUUCCAACCAGGCAAAAACAGCCAAGAAGGGUGCAAAACAGGACCACUGAGAGUCGGCACCUGGGGAAAGAGGGCAGGGCCUAUGGAAGGUCGCAAAGACCAGGUCAAGAGACCUAGGAGGCUGCAUCUGCCCUCUGUGCCUGAUGUUCCCCAACCCUGGUGAGGACAGUAAUAAGCUACUAGAUGCACCAGUAGUUUGACCAAGUCAGCUUCUUGUACUCUGAAUCUUCUUAUGCAGCAUGGACAUCUGGACAAUGCAGGGACUUUGGCAAUGCAGCAAAUGCAGCUAUUUAUUCAGCUCACCCAAGGGAGGCUAAAGGAACAGGUUUGGCCUCGUGCUGAACUGACUCAGCUGUCUCAAAAAAACACGCCUUUGGGUCACGGAAGGGAGAAGGGAGUCACCUUUUGCAAGACAAAGGAACCUGGAUCAGCAGGUCGAAAGAGCCUGAACAGGUGCAGCUGGACAAAUGUGCUGGGGGACAAGGCCAGGCCAGGACCAUAGGUGACUAUACCCCAAUCUAAGCCCUGCCCCCUGAGGUCCUUGGCUGAGCUGGAGUGGCUGGGAGCUGAACAUGGGAAGUAGUUUUGCACCAAGUCAGAGCGUUGGUCCGUUUAUCUCAAUAUAGACUCUACACUGACUUGCAGCAACGCUCCUGGGUUUCAGAUGCGGGGCAUUCCCAGCCUCACAUCCAGGGAAUGAACCUAGGGCCUUUUGCCACUGCGAUCUACUGCUUAAAGGUAAAGGUAAAGGGACCCCUGACCAUUAGGUCCAGUCGUGGCUGACUCUGGGGUUGCACGCUCAUCUCGCUCUAUAGGCUGAAGGAGCCGGCAUUUGUCCGCAGACAGUGUGGCCAGCAUGACUAAACCGCUUCUGGUGAACCAGAACAGAACACAGAAACAUCGUUUACCUUCCCGCCAGAGCGGUACCUAUUUAUCUACUUGCACUUUGACGUGCUUUUGAACUGCUAGGUUGGCAGGAGCUGGGACCGAGCAACGGGAGCUCGCCCCGUCGCGGGGAUUCAAAUCACCGACCUUCUGAUCAGCAAAUCCUAGGCUCUGUGGUUUAACCCACAGCGCCACCCGCGUCCUGAUCUACUGCUUAGCUACAGCCUUUUCCUUUAGUGACCAUCCUGGUCUCCCAAGUGGUUAGAUGAGGCAAUAUCACAGUGCUGUUGAACUACCAGCUGCUGGGGGAUGACUGUGGGAGAGAAGCAUUGCCUUCAUGUCCUGCGCUGUGGGCUUCCCAAGAUGCACCUGGUUGGCCAAGGCAAUCAACAGGAUGGAGGAACUUUCUGGUGGUAACAGCUGUGGGGCAGUGGAACGGACUUAUGUCAGAAGGUGUUGGUUGGAGCAAUGCUUUAGCUGUGAUUCUUGCACUACAGGAAGCAGAGGUGCCGAGUUGUGCCCAACAUUGGGGGGGGCUCACCUCACGUGUGAAGUCACAUGUGUGUGACAACACGCACAUGUGACACCAGCGCACAGGGCUCGCCAGAGGGCUGGUUAUGAGCCCAGCAGUCUUCCUGUGUUCAACAGAGGGUCGCACCAGAGUGCUAGACCCUCCUAACUAGCCCAGAGUGUCAGCGCCAGAUGGGAAGGAGCAAUGGGCUCACCAGCAGGGUUGCGCCAGAGCACCGAAGGUCUGGCACAUUGGUGCGCCCCUGCUGAUGAGCACAGUGCAUCUUCCCAUCUGACACUGGUGCUCAUCGAAGGGUUGCACCAACACACGUGUCCCAGCACACACAAUGGAAGAGGUCAACGGCUGGGAAGGCCAACCGUCAGGAGCUUCCUCCAGCCCCUCAACAUUGAGAGGGCCCAGCCAGUUGUCCAGGGAUUUCAAGGGGGCUGAAGACACCCCAGCCCCCUGGAGUUGGCGCGCCUGGCAGGAGGUGGGCCUAGUCCCUUCCAAAUCUUCAGCUCUGUGAUUCUAUGACUAGAUGGUGUUUGCUUUGGUUCAGCAGGGCUCCUCUUCCUUGGUUCUUCUGACUGUUCCCGGAUGCUUUCUUAGCAGCCACUAUUCAUCUAUAGUGGUAAUUGUUCAACUGUGCGUAAUGUUUGUAGCCAUUUCUAUUAAUUUUCUUAUUAAUCCUAUUUGGAAUGAAGUUCUCCAAUGGCUAAUAAAUCUCUCUCUCAUACUUUAGUACUAAUCACUUUUUGAAGAGGAGGAGGAGACUCGUCUUUUGUUAGAGAGAGAGAGAAAGUGCAGACUAUAUUAAUUUCAAUGAUUCUUUCCCUCAGAAGUGAAAAAUGAGGACUAAUGGUGCUUUAUCUAUGGGUCCCCUUAUUAUAUAUUAGGGAUGAGCACUUUGUCUGAAUCCAAGUAAUUAGCCAUUUAUUUGAGAUGGAACUCUUGGUGAGAACUCACUCUAUAAAACGUGUCCAUUAAUUUGAACGGAACCAAUAUCUUAAUAAAUUAAAUCAACUACAGCUGUGUGUAAAUGCUAUGUCUAUCUCAAGUCAAAUUUCCGGAUGGGAGAUAGAUCCUGGACUCAUAAAUCAACUCCUAGAAGGACCCCUACAUUGGCUGAAAUAGUAUGAGAUUUAAGGUGAAGGCAGGUGUGAUGUUUUACAGGCAGCAGAGGCAGUUUAGUAGUGCUUCUGCAGCUCUGCAAAAAGCAGAGUUUCUGCACCCAUGCCUCUCUCCAUCAUCUAUCCAAGCAAACCAGAGCACUGCUGCUGUUGAAGGACACAUCCUGGUUGGUUUAAAGCACUUGGGAAGGGCGUGGUCAGUAAGGGGCGUGGCCUGGAAAGAGGAGGCGUGGCCUGGGAAGAGUCUUAAGACCUGGAUAGAGAGCCUUGGAGGGUUCAUACAGCCCAAGGUUCCCCAGCUGUGUCUUAGACUGCUUUGCUUGCAAACACCUGGGGAGAUUUUGUCACCUUUCCAUCGGUUUUACUGUCACCUUCACAGUUUAUUUCAUUGUGUGAGGCUCUUCCAGCUGUAUGGUCCUGAGCCAAAAUGAAUGAGCAAGAAUGGUAAUGGAGCUGGAAGUAUGUAUGGAGCUAUAGGCACCUGGCUGUAGCUUGACCAGCUCCUGGCAUGGCAUCUGGCCUAGCUGAGGAUGCACAGUUCUUUGUGGGCUAUAGGACAUCAACUUCCACUUCAUGAAGCUGCAGCCGAUGGAGAAUAGGGAAACAGGGCAGCUCCGUCAACUCUCCUGAGAGUCUCCUUGAACUGUUUCCAUCCCAGCUAGUGUUUGUAAGCACUUGGAAACGUUAAGAACUGAGGUUGCUUUUUUACUUUUCCUCCUCCCUCCUCCUCCCUGUUUCCUUUCGUGUCCUGUCUUUCAUGUGUUAAGCCUCUCUUUAACUACUGAUCUUUCUAAGCCGCCCUGGGAGCCUUUCCAGUUAAAGAGCAUGGCAGAAAGAAAAUGCUUUAAAUAAAUAAAUACAGUUGAAUACAGGCAAUAGCCUUUCUGUGCAAUGGAACUGAUGAAGUGUUAGGACCACUCCCCAGGCAGCAGGGAUGCUCUCUCACCCCUGAGCUGCUGGCACACUCACCCCAGUGAUGAUCAUUGGGGACUUCCCUCUUGAAGGGUGAUCUUUAGGGUCCUGUCAGCUGCAACAGAAAUCAUGGCAACAAUUUGAUUACAAUACACGUAGCAAAUAACGAUCCGGGACAUUUGGGGCAUGCAAUCCCUCUGCUCACAUAAACAUGUCUAGGUCAGGGGGAAAUGGUCCCAUACUGUUGCAUAGGCUUGAAAUAUUAGUCUAUUAAAAAUGGCAGACAGGUAUUAGUCAUAAAUUACUUAUUGAUUGGUAAGGGAAUUGCUGUUUUUGAUGGCUUAGAGUGGAGUGGGGGGUUGCAGUCCCUUAAAAAAGAAGAAGCAGAAGAAACCUCUAAUGGGAUCGCACAAACACAUUUUUGAAAAAUAGGCUGCAGGCCUCAUUCAUAUAGGAGGAAGUUCAUCUUGACUCCCUCGCUAGAAUGCACACACACACACACACACACACACACACCCUCUUGCACAAAACCCCCUCCAGUCCUAUUUGUAGUUGGGCUUGGCAAACGGAACUGUUUUCCAAAAUGAGGAGAAGAACAGCUCCAUAUGAUUUGAAGCCAGACUGGAACCCAAAGCCUGCUGCUGGGGAUAUUGUGGGCUCCUACUCAUUUCCUAAUUCCCCACCAGCCUUUCCUUUCAUUCCCCAACCCAUGAGCUUGCAAAAGGUCUUGCAUAUGACCUGCCAGGUAUUCCUUCUGAAUCGGCAAUUGGGAACCUCCAGGUCAGGAGUUAAAUGUGGCCCUCUGGCCCUCUCUCUCACUCUCUGGCCCUCAGAACUCUCACCCCCUCCCUAGGCCACACCCCUCUCUGGCCCCACCCUCCUUGGAUGUUUUCACGUCUGCCAGGGAUGUGUCUUUGAACUCUGAUCGUGCCUCCCGUUUGACAGCAGAGAGGAAUGUGUGGAAGGGGGUUCAAAACCUCCUGUGCCAAGGUAAAGUUUACAGCCAUCGUUUCUCCCACUUUUGAUUCAAUUCUGAUUUGGUUUAAUAUUGGCAUGCCUCUUUUCCAACUAGAUCUUUAGGUCUAGCACAAGAAGGAAAAGAGGGAGCAUGAUCAGAUCCCUCUAGAUCAGGGUUUUCCAAACUUGGGUCUCCAGCUGUUUUUGGACUACAACCCCCAUCAUCCCUAGCCAGCAAGACCAGUAACCAGGGAUGAUGGGAAUUGUAGUCCAAAAGCAGCUUAGGACCCAAGUUUGGGAAACACCGUCCUAGAGGUAAGGAACAUGCAAUCGUAUUGCAGUUGCCAAGAGUGCACUGACCGCAAGGGGCAUAACACAGAUCUGCAAUGAAAGAUGGAAAGGUAGACUGUCAAGAAAUAGAUUCAGGUAGGUAGCCGUGUUGGUCUGACACAGUCAAAAUAUAUAUAAAAAUAAAUAAAUUGUUGCAUGCAAAGCUUAUACCAAGAACAAUCUUAGUUGAUCUCUAAGGUGCUACUGGACAGUUUUUUAUUUUAUAUAUAUAUAUUUCAUAAAGAAAUAGUCCAUCAUAAUAUUGAUACAUGCAGCUAAGCACAACUGCAAGGGAGUAAGUUAAUUGAAUUCAAUGUGAUUUGCUCCCAGAUUAGUAUAUGGGGAACAUCGGGCCUGGGGCCCAGGUGUGAUCUUCUAGUCUUCCCCAACCAUACCGCUCACUGGCCCUGAGUUGCAUCCUCCUUGAGUGUUCUUGCCUGGCUAGAAUAUGUCCUUCAACCCUGAAAAUGCCUCUUUCUUGCAGUGGCAGAGCUUCAUGCUCCAGCACCGGGGGGCGGAGAGCAGGCGGGGACGGGGCUGCCGCGUGUCCUGGGGGCGUGGUGCGCAUCCUGGGGGCAGGGCGCAUUUCAACUUCCGGCGAGCCGCGGCCAUUGGAAAGAAGCGCGAGAUAGCCCUGCGGGAAUCUCAAGCGGCGUGGGGUUUUUAGAGGUCCACAAAGGCUCCUCGGACCUCGGAACCUCAAGGGGAUUACCUUGAGGGACAUGGCAACUGGCGGUGCCCUUGCAUGCUCUCCUGUCCCUCGGGUUUGGCUAAUAGAUCUGAGCACAGGAUCAAGCUGCAGGCACGAAGAGGGAAGCACCACUAAACCCGCGUUGUGCAGUCUUUGGCUUCUGUUGAAAGCGGCAAGUUUCCAAGAUUAAGAAACGGAUCUUGAUUUAUAAUUGGAUAUUCAUACCUAUUGAAUAAGGGACGCGGGUGGCGCUGUGGGUUAAACCACAGAGCCUAGGACUUGCCGAUCAGAAAGUUGGCGGUUUGAAUCCCCGCGACGGGGUGAGCUCCCGUUGCUCGGUCCCUGCUCCUGCCAACCUAGCAGUUCGAAAGCACGUCAAAGUGCAAGUAGAUAAAUAGGUACUGCUCCGGUGGGAAGGUAAACAGCGUUUCCGUGUGCUGCUCUGGUUCGCCAGAAGGGGCUCAGUCAUGGUGGCUCCCUUGGCCAAUAAAGCGAGAUGAGCACCGCAACCCCAGAGUCGGCCAUGACUGGACCUAAUGGUCAGGGGUCCCUUUACCUUUUACUAACCUUGCAAGAGUCUGAAACAUUAAAUUUACAGAACUGAGUUCCGUUCAGGCACCUCUCAGGGAACAAGGGAGGUGUUAAUGGUGAGUUCUGGCACCUCUUUUUCUAGAAUAAUAGCACUGAGUAGACUGAUCCACCAGGGAGGGGGUGUAAGUUGGGGUUUCGUUUUUGUAUAUUUUCCCCUUUUUUGUAAUUGUUGCUCUAUAUUAGAAAUCAAUAAAGCUACAUUUAUAUGAAAAGGGGAGGGAAGUUGCAAGUUGGCAAGGUUUGUAUGCUUGCGGCAAGCGCAGGUUUUGUCAUGUUGCACACGUAGAUUUUUUUUCUUAUUAUUAUUAUAAUUAGCUUUUCAUGCUACUGUGCUUCAUUCCCACCCACCCCCACACACUUUCCCUUUCUGCCUUAAGGAUGAUAGGUUGAGAUGCUAGCAUUUAACUGAGUUAAAGAGGAUUCCAGGCUAAGCUACCCCUCCACUGCAUCCAGGCAGGAUCUAAAUUGCUAAGCAGAUCUCAGCAGAGCCUUUUGACAGGCUGUUUAGCAGGUUGUGUGAAGUGGAUAAUUUUAAGGCGCAUUACAGAUUUGUUUGGGGUUCAUGGCCCUCUGGCACUCCACUCCUCUCAGCUAACAAGUUUGAUCCUUCUUGUUCUCGGUUAAUUUGCAUAAGAAAUUUGUUUCUGAAUGGUUCUAUCAGAUUAAAGUAUUUCUGCAUGACAACACAAGGAAAAGGGGGCAGGAGCGGGGUGAGAGAACUGUUGUGUUGUGUUGCUUAUUUCCAAUAGAAGGAUUUUUGAGAGCAAAGUCAGAAUGCAGUGAAUGCAUGUACUUAGGAUGCUGUCUCUAGAACCGCAACUUCCAUUAUGUGUCAAUGUUCCUAUAGAGAGGGACGCGGGUGGCGCUGUGGGUUAAACCACAGAGCCUAGAGCUUGCUGAUCAGAAGGUCAGCAGUUCGAAUCCCCGGGACAAGGUGAGCUCCCGUUCCUCGGUCUCAGCUCCUGCCAACCUAGCAGUUCGAAAACACGAAGUGCAAGUAGAUAAAUAGGUACCGCUCCGGUGGGAAGGUAAACAGCAUUACCGUGCGCUGCUCUGGUUCACCAGAAACAGUUUAGUCAUGCUGGCCACAUGACCCGGAAGCUGUACCCCGGCUCCCUCGGCCAGUAAAGCGAGAUGAGCGUCGCAACCCCAGAGUCAUCCGUGACUGGACCCUUAUGGUCAGGGGUCCCUUUACCCUUUACCUCCUAUAGAGAAAAUUAAGGGUCAUUUCUGCAGAACCCUCUCCCUGCAUCUACUGGGUUCUCCUUUGCACAUUUCAUCACAACGGGGGGGGGGGGGAAUAUUACAGUUGCUAUUGUAGGAAUUUCCGGCCUGUUCUUCCCAGGGCGGGUUACAACAAUAUUAAAACCAGUUAACAGGAUUAAAUACAGUUACAACAGUUUGCAAUUAAAAGAACAGGGUGGGUCCUUAAAAAAAAAACAGGGUAAAGAGGUGUGAAAGAAUACCAGACAUGCCUCCAUGAGGCCACCUGGGGCCUGCUAAAGGGAGGGACCUGGGUGGCGCUGUGGUCUAAACCACUGAGCCUCUUGGGCUUGCCAGUCAGAAGGUCGGUCGCUCAAAUCCACGCAAUGGGGUGAGCUCCUGUUGCUCUGUCCCAGCUCCUGCCAACCUAGCAGUUUGAAAGCAUGCCAGUGCAAGUAGAUAAAUAGGUACCGCUGUGGUGGGAAGGUAAAUGGCAUUUCCGUAUGCUCUGGCUUCAGUCAUGGUGUCCUGUUGUGCCAGAAGUGGUUUAGUCAUGCUGGCCACAUGACCCGGAAAGCUGUCUGUGGACAAUCUCCAGCUCCCUCGGCCUGAAAGCGAGAUGAGCGCCGCAACCCCUUAACCAUCCAAGGGUCCUUUACCUUUACCUACCAAAGGGAAUGUCCUCUCCUGGGCCACCACAUACCAAUCUUCCAAGGGUGGCAGAAUUACCAAGAGGGCCACGUCUGCCCUUAACACCUAAGAUGUCUAUAGGGAAAGAGGCAGUCUUUCCCUAUAUCUGGGAAAGCCUACCUGAGCUUCUUGAACUGGACCUGGAAAAAAACUGGCAACUGCUGCUGCUAUUUUAAAACAGGGUUCAUAUGAAAUCUAAACCCCAGCCAGUAAUCAGGCUGGUGCAUUUGGGGCAAUUUGAAUUUUUCCAAGUCAUGAGAACUCACGGGCGUCCAGUGAAGCUGAAUGCUAGAACGUUCAAGACAGAUAAAAGAUAUACUUCUUCAGACAGAGCAUAGUUAAGCUGUAGGUGGCCACCCAUUUGGAUGCUUGUAAAAGAGAGUUAGACAAGGUAUCGGAUGAUAAGAUUGCCACUGGCUACUAACUAUGGUGGCUAUGUACUGCCUCGCUCCUGAAUAUCACCUGAUGGCAAUCACAAGUGGGGAGAGUGCUGCUUUUGGGCUUCUCAUUGAGGCCUCUAGUUGGGAACUAGACCAAAUGGGCUGUUCUUAUGGUCUUAACUUCAAGGGCAGCCCCACAUAGAGUGCAUUGCAGUAGUCCAGUCUGGAAGCCGUCGGAGCAUGGAAUGCAAUGUGCAAGCAUACACGCUUCUCUUUACUUGUGUUCACAAGUGGUGCUGGGUGUCCAUUGUGACAACAGGAUGCUGGAUUUGCCAGAUUCGGCAGGGGUCUUCUUAGGAGAGAAUGGUGGGGGUUCUCCUUCUGAUUCUACAAAUAGUUGUUAUCUGCAUAAGAAGACUUCACGUCAGGUUACCACCCUCCCAUGACAUCAUAAUGCAAGGAAAUAGGCAUGGGAACAAAAAGAACAUAAAAACCUGUCUUCGUCAUCCCCCCACACCUCCCCCAGGCCAGUAAAUCAGCCUUUUUUUCCCCAUUUUCGACCACCUCCCCCAUUCUUUGCUUUGCUUUCCUUCCUUCAUUCCCCUCCCCCAGGUCAAUUCCGUUGUUCUUGGGAGUUUAAAUUAGCUAAUUAAAAUCAGGUGUUUCAUUUAUGGAUAACUGCCGUGCGUCAUUUUUACGGGGCAUCGUCACGAUUUCUGCCUGUGUUGUUCGUGGUGUGCUUUCAAUGUACAGAAUACCUCCGGGUAGCUAAAAAAAAACAUAUUUUUUUUUAAUGCUGGAACAGCAACUCCUGGAAGAAUGUGAAGAAAGGAAGCCUCUUCUGAACAUGAUUUAAUGCUUACCAGGGACUGUAAAAUGAAAUGCUCCAGCUGUUCAUGUUUAAUAGGGACAGUCUUUGUUUUCAGAUCCACGUCUCCAUUAAAUCGCUGUCUCCAUUUUUGCUUUUUGGAGGAGGGCUGGGAUUUUCUUGGUUCAAAUUGUUGCGGUUGCUGCUACUCAAGGCUCCUCUCCCUCUCCAGCAGCUCUAGAACUGCCUUCCUCAGUCAAUGCCCUCCAAAUGUUGCUGCACUACAACUCCCAUCAGCCCCAGCAAGGAUUUCAGGCAGGAGUCUCUCCCAGCCCUAGUGGGAGAUGCCUGGGAUUGAACUUUGAACCUUCUGCUUGAAAGGCAGACACUAUGCCACUAAGCUAUGGUGGUUAGAAAACAUUUCUCCAAACUUCUCUCUGAAGACCCUCCCUCCAUUGCUGCGGCCACAUUUAACACAGGGGGUUUGCCAAACUGCUCUCUGAAGUGCCUUUCCCCCUGUUAAAAUUUUCUGCAGCUGCAUUUAAUUGAGGUUGCUUCUUACCUCCCCCCCUUUUAAACAGCUCACCUGGACUGCUUCCUUCCUUCCUUCCUUCCUUCCUUCCUCCCUCCCUCCCUCCCUCCCUCCCUCCCUCCCUUGCCUGCUUGCCAUUCUGUCAUCACACUGGAAAUGGUGUGGCCACCUGCUGCCAGCCACGUGAACUUCAGCAUGACGACAGCAUGACAUUUUUAUGUAUAUAGGAAGAUAGUCAAAAAGACAGCCCUGCAUCUGCUGCCAUAUCCCUGGCAUCUCCAAGUAGGGCUGGAAAAGACCCUACAGAACCAUUGCUAAUCAAUGUAGACAAUACUGUGCUUGAUAAACUAAUAGUGUAUCAAGCAGCUUCCUAUUUUGGGGGUGGGGCUGUAGCUUAGCAUCAGAGCAUGCAGAAGGCCCCGGGUUCAAUCCCUGGCAUCUCCAGCUAGGACUGGGGAAGACUCCUUGCCAGAAACCCUGGAGAGCUACUACAACUCAGCGUAGACGGUAAUGCACUAGAUACACUAAUGGUCUGACCCCAAUAUAAGGCAGCUUUCUGUGUAGCAUUCCGUAUGAGCAAGAUUCUGUCCUAGAUUGCAGUGAUUUGCUCUUAGAAGGAAUGAAGCAUUGACGGGGGGAGCUGUUUUUGAUACCUGUCUUUGGUCUCUUGAGAAAGGUUGAACCAGAAAAAUCAGAGCUGCCUAAAAGUAUUCUGGUUGUGUAUCUGACUAAGAAUGGGAGUUGAAGAUUUUGCUCCAGACAAAGCUGAUUUGAAGUUGGAAAGGCAUCUUCUUCCUGGGACAAGCUGGCCCCUGAAAUCAUGUGGUUCACUUCCAUGAGCCUUCAGCAGGCAAAUGCCUGAGGUUUUUGCAAGGGGCACUUGUUUGUGGCCUGUGUUGUGGGAUUUGUCCUCUGGGCAGUGGAUUUGGGCACUGUUGGAUCUUUCUUUCAGGCUAUGGAUGAGGCCCUUUGGGAUGUUGUGAUUCUGUAUCUAAGACGCAACGGGGUCCCAGGCUGCUUGCCCAUUCUUGUUCGUAGCUCUGACUCCCAGGUGCAGCCCUCUGUGACCCUGGUUCAUGUCAGACUCCUUCCUCUGGCUCAACCCUGACAGCCACGUAAUUAAGUUUGUAGCUGAAGUGAGAUUUGAAACCAGCACUCUUCCAGCCUCUUCGGAUUGCAACCAGAGUGGCCAUGCUGCAUAAAUUUAAAAUCAGAUUCUUGGAUAGGAUUUGCCGCUGAAUUCCAUUUGCCACUGAAUUCCAUUUGCCACAAUAUUUCAGCAUUGGGUCAAGGCGUCACCCAUCAUUUGGUGACCUUGUACGCAAGGCAGCUGCAUACAAAUACAUAGUCCCCUAAUAGGGCCAGGAUCCCCAGGUGUGUGAAGAACCUCUAUACACAUUCAUCUGUAGCAUGCAAGGCUCGUUCUCAUUACAGCUGAACAGGUGACCAGGGGUGUGUGGCUGAUGUGUACAUUGGCACUUGUGGUGGGACUACGUAGUGUGACUCCACAAGUCCCGUAUCUGUUGGAUGAGCUCCUGAGAAAUGACCUACCUAUGGCUACUAGCUACUAGCCUGCACUGUCAGGGGCAGAAUGCCUCUGUAUAUCAAUUGCUGAGAAUCACAAAUGGAAGGUUGUCCGACCUCUCAGAGACAUCUAGUUGGCCACUGUGAGAACAGGUUGCUUUGGCUUGAUCCAGCAGGGAUGUUCUUAAGAACUAAGAAGUUUGGAGCAUGGUGGCCCAGGAGAGGACCUCCUAGUGUUAUGAGAGAGGGAGAAAAACCUACUCACUUUCUCCAUGCCAUGAAUUUUAUAAACUUCUAGCAUGUCUCCUCUUUCUAGCAUGUUGCCUUUUCUCUAAACCCCAAAGUCCCAAAUGCUGCAACCUUUCUUCAACCUUUCUUCAUUGCUCCACUCCCAUUCUUACAUUCUUAAAAAGUGAAAGGUAGACAUGCUAAUGAAUACAAUUAGAUGAAGGCAGCUGAAACUCCUGUUAACUCCGUUCUGAAGCUUUAUAAAAGCACCGGAGUGAUAAGGUAAUGAAUGCUGUUAGAGUGUGGGUGUGAGUGAGCAUGGGAUGCUCACAUCAACAACCUUUCUCAUAUAUAUUGCUUGAUUUUUUCAAAUAAAGAAACCUAAGCUAUUUACGGUAUGUGUGUGUAUGUAUAUGUAUUAUGUAUGUAUAUGCACGUGUUUGUAUUUGAGCUUGACCAACUUUUGUGACAGGUUAGCAAGACUCCGUCCCCAUCAAGAGGUGAAACACAGAUUGAGAAAUUUCAUGAAUUUGGCCUAUCCUAGGGGUAGAUAUGCUACUUGCAACGAAAAGAGGGGAGGGGAGGACGAUGGCACUCCAUUAUGGCAAAAACAUCCAUGGGCCACAGUCCGUUUUACCAGAUGCAUGAAGGCUUUUUCUUCUAACUCUUAAUUUAAGAUGCACCCUGUUGGAUCAGACCAAAGGCCCAACUAGUCCAGUAUUUUCUUCUUGCAGUGACCAACACGUGAUGGUCCAAGCAAGGGGCAGGUCAGUAGUCUCAGCAUUCCAGGCAGAAAGGAAGACAAGGCAAGGAUCAGCACCUUGGAGAGGGACCUGGGUGGUGGUUUCAGGACUCACAAUAAAGAACCCCUGACAGAUGGCCAACCAACCUGUGUGUCAAAAAACCUCCAGUGAAGGGGAGCCUGCCACCAUCCAAGGGAGUCUUUUCCACUGUCAAACAGCUCUCAUCAGAAAGUUCUUCCUCAUCUUUAGCAGAAUCUCCUUGUAACUUGAAUCCAUUGUUUUGGGUCUUACCCUCUGGAGCAGCAAAAUACAAGCUUGCUCCGUCUUCCAUGUGACAACCCUUCAGAUAUUUGAAGGUGCCUAUAUCACCUCUCAGUCUUCUCUUCUCCAGGCUACACAUACCCAACUCCCUCAACCUGUUCUUCGUAAGGCUUGAUUACCAGAUCCUUGAUCAUCUCAGUCUCCCUCCUCUGCACAUGCUCUAGUUUGUCAAUAUCCUUCUUAAACUGUGGUGCUCAGAACUGGACACAGUACUCCAGGUAGGGUCGGACUAAGGCAAAGUAGAGUGGAACUAUUACUUCCUUAGAUCUGGUCACUAUACUUCUGUUGAUCCAGCCUAGAAUUGUGUUAGCCUUUGACUAAUGUUAAGCUUGUGGUCAACUAGGACUCCUAUAUCCUUUUCACAUGUACUACUGGCAAGCCAGGUGUCUCCCGUCUUACAUCUGUGCAUCUGAUUAUUCCUGCCUAGGGGGUAGAACCUUACAUUUGUCCCUAUUAGAAUUCAUUUUGUUCAUUUGGACCCAAUUCUCCAUCUGUUAACGGUCAUCUUGAAUCCCAAUUCUGUCUUCUGCAGUAUAAGCUACCCCUCCCAGCUUGGUGUCAUCUGCACAUUUGAUGAGCAUCCUCCCAAUUCUUUCAUCCAAGUCAUUUAUAAAGAGCCUGGACAACACUGGGCCCAGAAGAGAACCCUGUGGCAUGCCACUUGUCACAUUUUUCCAGGAUGGCAAGGAACCAUUGGUGAGCACUCUUUGGAUUUGGUCAAAUCCACCUAACAGCCUCAUUGUCAAGCCCUUUUGCACUGAGUCUGUUAAAGUCUGCUGCCUUUUUCUGCAGUCGCUGGCUUCUAAGCACCGGGGUUUUAAGCAAUGGGGAUGCUUCCUCAAGGCUCUUCUAAUCCCCCAAUGAGUCUGCUUACCAGUCAUUGGAAUCUGUUGGCAGAGAUGUCUUCUUGGGGCACAAGGAAGAUGAUGUGGGCUCAGCUGACUGUGGCACCACGUGGUACGGAUCAGAGAACGGCCUCGUCUCCUCCUCAGGGCUUCUGUCAUUAGAGGACUCUGCCGUUACAGAAGGAGAGAAGCCUCCAUCCUCAUGGAUGAAUGAACUCAAAACUAGACCAUUCCAGCCCUUACUCUCCUGCAGUCAGUUUAGCAUUUGGCCAUCUGGGGACAAUCAAGCUGUCUUACAAACCAUUAGCUGGCGGAUGUUUAAGGAGCAUUGUUUGUUUGGCCCUUCACAUUUCAGAUGCUAUUUUAAUACAUCCUAAUAGUACUCUUUUGUGUCAUGGCAUUAUGUCCCUUGCUAUUAUGUUGUCCUUUUUAUACCCCAAAGAAAUCUCUGGCCCGUGGAGAAGCCGACAUUUAAUAAUAAGGAAGAAUUUAAAAAACAACAACAACCACAUCCCGGCACUUUCCGUUCUUGAGGCUGCGUAUCUUUAAUAAGCAUUUCACUGCUGGUGCUGCAAGUUAAUCGCUGCAAGAUGCAGGUGGUCACCGGCCAAUUGCAGGUUGCAGUUUCCAUUCCAGUAUCGUGGGAGAAUGCUUUCGUGGGAAUCUGCCGCACACGGCCUUGUGGCAAACAGCCACACUUCGAAAGCGAUGUGACGAGGGCCCCCACAAUUGUGUUUCCUUCUGUCUACAAGUUAAGCAGCUGGGAAUGUUGUGGUGCUUUGAAAGGCUAAAUGUUUCUGCCUGAGAUGCAAAUGCAGCUCCGAUGGGGAGACGGACCAGCUCGUGCCAGCUCAUGAUUUUAUUAUGAUUCCACUGCUUUAAGCAUGUGUAACUGAAUCUGGCACACAUUUAUACCUUGUAACGGCUUUGGCUCCCACCCAAAAGCAGACCGCAGAGGCAUUUACCUGUAAGUAAAGAAGCAAACUUUUAAUAUAGCAGUCUCAUGGCACUGACUCAGUGGCUAGGAAAAAAACACAGAUUCUAUUCUGGGUGAUUUUACAAGGGAGUAAGCAACAGGAAUUCCAAGUCCAAGAGCAAAAGCCAAGGUUCAAGAUUCCAAGAUUAGCAGCAAGAGUUCCCAGGCUGUAUGACAGCUAGGAUGUCGUUCCAACAAGGUACCCCACCUCCCUUGCAUUUUACUGAGUUAGAUAGCUCAAUGGUCUGACUCUGUAGAAAGCUGCUUCCUUUUUUCCUAUUCUAACAUCUUUUCGUUCAGAAUCAUGUGGACUGGAACCUUACUUUACAUUUAACAGAAGAGACCGCAGCUCAGUGGUAGAGCACCUGGUGCCAGGUUCAAUCCCUGGCAUCUCCAGGUAUUGCUGGGGGGAAAGAACCAUGUCCAAGACCAGGCUUCCUCAAACUCAGCCCUCCAGAUGUUUUGAGACUACAAUUCCCAUCAUCCCUAACGACUGGUCCUGCUAGCUAGGGAUCAUGGGAGUUGUAGGCCAAAAAUAUCUGGAGGGCUGAGUUUGAGGAAGCCUGUCCAAGACCCUAGAGAACCACUGCCAGCCAGUGUAGACAACACUGGGCUAGAUAGACCAGUGGUCUACUCAGUAGGAGGCAGCUCCCUCUGUUCUAGUUAUGAUGCUGGAAACAGACAAUGAGGGGUUGCAAUCAACUUUAUAUGAACAUAGGAAAAGCCCUACUGGGUCAUCGCAAAGUUGAAGAGUUGAAGGAAUUGAACAUGCCAUCAGUUCAGCCAGUGGAGUGGUUCUCCUUCCCUUCUGCCUCAUUUUCUGAAUGAAGUAGGAAUUAUGAGGACAGGAACUUGAUCACUCACACUGCAUUAAAGACUAGUUAGAAGGGAGGGAGGACAGUAUCUCAUUGGAACUAAGUAAGGAGUUAAAGCGGGGACGUGGGUGGCGCUGUGGGUUAAACCACAGAGCCUAGGACUUGCUGAUCAAAAGGUCGGAGGUUCGAAUCCCCGCGACGGGGUGAGCUCCCGUUGCUCGGUCCCAGCUCCUGCCCACCUAGCAGUUCGAAAGCACCUUAAAGUGCGAGUAGAUAAAUAGGAACCGCUCUCCAGCGGGAAGCUAAACGGCGUUUCCGUGUGCUGCGCUGGUGCUGGGUCGCCAGCCGUGGCUUAGUCACGCUGGCCACGUGACCCAGAAGCUGUCUUCGGACAAGCGCCGGCUCCCGGCCUCUUGAGUGAGAUGAGCGUGCAACCCCAGAGUCGGUCACGACUGGACCUGUUGGUCAGGGGUACCUUUAAGGAGUUAAAGCAAGGGAGGGCAACUUGUGACUCCACAGAUCCUGUUGGACUCCAACUUCCAUCAGAUCCAGCCAAUGUAGCCAAUAGUCAGGCAUGAUGGGAGUUGUAGUCCAGCAAUAUCUGGAGGCCCACAGAUUCCCCAUCUCUACCUUCAUCUGCGGGAACACUUGCAAUUUCCUGCUGCCAUUUGCUUCUCCGUCCUCUCAGUAUUCAAUCAUCCUCUCUCCCUCCACUCAUCAAACUGGAUUUGGACUGAAUACCACAGAGAGGACGUCAAACUCUCUUAUGACUUGUUGCUAUAAACAUAGAGGGUGUUGUAUGGAACUGGAAGGUGUGCAGAGGAGGGCGACCAAGAUGAUCAAGAGCCUGGAGACCCAAGUCUUUUCAGGAAUGGUUGAGGGAGUUGGGUGUGUUUAGCCUGGAGAAAAGAUGAUUGAGAGGUGAUCUGAGAAUCACCUUCAAAUAUCUGAAGGGCUGUCCCAUGGAUGAUGGAGCAAGCUAGCUUGUUUUCUGUUUCUCCAGAGGGUAGAACCAAUGGAGUCCAGUGACAGGAAAGGAGAUUCCAGCUACAUAUUAGGAAAAACUUUCUGACAGUAGGGGCUGUUCCGGAGUGGAACGGUCUCCCUUGGAAGGCUAGACCCUCUUUUAAUGGACUCCACAAUUCUAGGAGCUUCCAGCAGAAGUUGGUGUAUUAGGGCAAAGGGGGCUCUGCUCCACCAAUCUCAAUAUGGGCUUACCUGUCACCCUCCGCCUCCUCCUCCUCCCUAGUCUCCAAUUUGCCCUCCUCAAACUCAGAGAGGGGAGGGGGAAACAGAACUAGAAUUAGUUGUCCCUGCCUGCCAUUGGCUGCAGUCCCUCCAGCCAUUGGCUCUGGCCCCGCCUACAUUUUGGCUUCCCUGCUUUCCCGGCUGUCCUAGCGGGCACCAGUUUCCACCAAUCAGAGAUUCCUUACCAAUGCAGAAUCCAGUAGAAAGAUCAAAUUGUGGUGCUUUCUCUUCCUGCCCCCGCCCCCAAGAGACCAAACGGGGGCAACUCCUGGUUGCUUACAUCCCAUUAUGCUCCUUCCCUUUUAUGAUAUUCUUGUGUGGCUUCUCUCCCCCUCCGAGAGGCGAAGAUGAAAUUGAUCUGACUGUGUUGGGCACGUGGAUUCCUUCGCAGCCGUUUCCAUGGCAACCGUGGCUAUGUUCUCCCUCGUGGGACCUGCUAACACUUCAGACGUUGCAGGUGGUUUGGAAAUAAACACCAACACCACCCCUUCCCCUUUCUCCACCCCCCCUUCCCAGCCCUCACAAGUGCUUCAUAGCUGCACUGAGGUGUGUUGGGAUGUGGAGCAAAAAUGGCAACUUAACUCAUCUAUAAAUCUUCAAUUUGCAUGCCAGGCACUGCCAAGGCUGGGACUGUUUCCAGGCAUCCCUGUGCAGUAAACUUUCCUCCUCUGUGCUGCUGUGGCAUUCCUCAGUUUCUCAUUUGUUCUGAUUCCUGUUGGAAGGAAAGCCUUAAAGUAUAGGAGCCCAGGAAGCUGCCUUGAUAUUGUGUCAAGCCUUUGCUCCGUCCAGUUUUGUUUGAAUUGGGCUUUUCACCCAGUUCUGCUAUCGCCUUACAUUCAUACCUAGCAGUAAGUUAAAUACCCAUUCAGAAAUGGCUCCUGCUCCUUUUCCUGUUUUACUAGUCCAAACCAAUAUGUAUACAUUCAGGUAUUCAUAUGUUAAUCCACAGAGCACUUCCAAGACUGCUCUGGGGUUUGGGGUUAGUGAUGUCACAGGUUCUAGCCAGUGGGUGCCUUCCACAGCCACUUUUUCCCUGUCCAAAUGGAACCAUCCCAAAACCUUGCAGAAAUGGUUUCACGGAGCUCUCCUUGGGACAAAAAAAGCAGGUGUGUCGCCUCAGAUCCAGGAGGGCAAAUGUGGUCCUCAUGGACUUUUGAGCUGUCUCUCAGGACUCUCCCACACUGUCCAGAGCCACAUCUUUUGCCUGACUUGCACCCUCCUUGAGUAUUUUCUGCCUGGCUGGAAUGUGUCCUUGGGCUCUGAUAAUGCACCUUGCUUGCCCUGGUGGAGGACAGAGAGGGAUACAUGUUUGUAGAAAAGUAAAUUUCACAUUUAUUGCUCUGCCCAGGCAUUUCGCCUCUGAAAGGUUGUCCCUUGGGACAAAUGGUUGUCCCCUGGGAUGAAAAAGGCUCCCUACUCCCUGGUACAGAACUAAGGCGAUGCACUUUCAGACCCCUUUAAGCAUUGUGUCUGUGAUCUCAGAGGCUGGAUGUCUUCAGCAACCAUUGCAGGAUGUCUUCUCAACAAGACAAGCAUCAGUAUUGCAUACCCUCCAACAUUUAUCCAAAGAAAAUAGGGGUGUUCUAUGCUAUCAUUAUUAUUCAAGCCCACCCAUCUGACUGGGUUGCCGCAGCCACUCAGGGCAGCUUCCAACUAAUAAUAAUAAUAAAAUAUUAAGCAUUAAAAAACUCCCCUACUUCGGGCUGCCUUCAGAUGUCUUCUAAAGGUUGUAUAGUUACUUAUCUCCUUGGCUCGGGGGUCGCAUAACUCCGAUGAAACCAGGGAUGUCCUAAGGAAAAAGCGGGACAUUCCAGGAUCAAAUCCAGGAACCUGGAUGACUUCUGUAAAUCCAGGACUGUCCCUGGAAAAUAGGGACAUUUGGAGGGUCUGGUAUUGCGUGGAACGGAUUCAAAGGCAGACAGAGAAAUUUAGGUUUGAACAAUUGAAAGCGGAUUAAAGCGCUCUUUCACCCUAGUGCAGCAGAUCCGCUCAAAAAUAAAAAAGAGAGAGAAACAGACUUUUUGCAUUUAGGAAAUUGAUGGGGAAAUGCGUUGAAAAGUGUGGAAUGCCUGGAUAAUUAAUGUUAAGAUGUGUAAACGUCCUGAAAGCAAACCAGGAGCGAUGCUUAAGUUCCCUGCAAACAGAUCAGAAAGGAUGCUGGAUGAAGACUGUAUUAUAAUCCAACCUCUGCGUAAGCUUUGUGCAAGCAAAUCAGAAGGAAGGCUCAAUAAAAAGGUCAGCUGGAGGAGCCCUCUCUCCAUUCUUAUCGCUAUCGAAACCUCUAAGUCAACUCUUCUUUUUCUAAACUACAAAGAUCCAGGCACAUAGCCUUUCCUUGCAGAGAGCCUCGGCCGUCACUCCUUGAUCCUGCCCCUACACCUUCCCCAGCUCUGCAAUCAAACCGAGCCCCCGGGCCACGUCAACAAAAGAGCAUCAGCCUAACAGCCAGCCGGCACUAAUUGGCUUCUCUCCAGUCAAAGCUACUCUUGAAAGCUUGCUCACUUUGGCUGUCUUCGCGGGGUGCUAGACAGUAGGGGGUCCACAACCAGGGUUAAGUCAGUUUUGCCCGGGUCUGUUUCCUUCAUUGACGGAGGAUCCGCGGAAUAAAUUCCGCACCUCUGCAAAGAAACGUCAGCCCACUUGAAACGUGGAGCGUCUCUCUGUGUGGGAGAUUUUUUUUUCCUUUAUGGAAAUUGACAAGGGACCUAAUUAAAUGGCACUGAGUGUGGAAGACAAGCUAAUUCCACCCAGUUAACAAAAGAUGGCUGAGGACUUGAGCCAGAUCACAGCAGCAGGGAAUUGCUUCGGACAGAAGCAUCUCUGGGUGCGUAUAAACGACGAAGGCAGCUCGGCGUGUUUGUAUGUGUGUCCCUGUGGUCAUGCACUGGCAUACCAUCAAAAUAUGUAAGGAGAGAGAUAACGGGUGCCUGGGAAAGUUAGGCCAGAUUGCCGGUUGCCAUGGAUACCGGACGAUAUUUUCUCAACUGUUUUUGCAAGCAAACGUCGCUGGCGGGUCCACAUUCCUGCUUUCAAAGAAAAGAGAUGCGGGCAGAAAGCCGAGGCAAUGCGAGGGGAAUAAACCAGUGGGAUAAACAUACACGAAGUGACUAGAUCUGAACUGUUUGCUUGGUUUAUGGGAUUUGGGUGUUCUGGUUGCAGAGCCAGAGAGUUCUGGACAAGGAACGCCACAGGAGAAGGAAAGUGGAAAAGGUGGGAAGUGAGGGAAACAGAAGACCAGAGAAGCUCCAAGAAGAUCCCUGUACAGUCAUACCUGGGAAGUCAAACGGAAUCCGUUCCGGAAGUCUGUUCGACUCCCAAAGCAUUCGACUUCCAAAGCGUGGCUUCUGAUUGGCUGCAGGAAGGUCCUGCAGCCAAUCGGAAGCCCCGUCAGAUAUUCGGCUUCCAAAAGAACGUUUAGAAACCAGAACAGUCACUUCCGGGUUUCGAUCAUUCGGGACCCAAAACAUUUGAGAACUAGGCUGUUUGAAAACCAAGGUAUGACUGUACUCUUUUCAGCACCUUCUAAAAGCAUUUUGUUUAGGCACCCUCACCCAGACAUGUAGACUGCUGAGAUGUGUUUUGAUUUGCUUUUAGCUUACCGUCUGUUUUAAUUUUUUUUUUGUUUAAAUAGCUGUUUUUACCCUUUUAAAAACUGAUAUUGUUUUGUCAUUUUUAAAAACUGCUUUGAUUAGUUCACACACACACACACACAAUCAAGCAGCCCCACUGAGCCACACAGCCCUUUCCCCAGAUGCCUAGGUUUACUGCUGGCUAUCUUACUAUAUGCAGCAUAUAGUGAAAUGCUGGAAAACCAGGGGUAGGAGUGUCAUAAAGUCUUGCUCCAAUGGCAUCCUCUGUUGCUAGUCACCUGAGGCAAGAGGAACCUAUGCUACAUCCACCUUAGGUCCUCAGCUGUGGAACACUUCGCUCACCUGCCCACCUCCCUACCACUAGGAACAUAGGGAGCUGCUGUAUACUGAAUCUGACAGCUGGUCCAUCUAGCUCAGUACUGUCUACACUGGCUGAAAGCAAGUUUCCAAAGUUUAGAACUGGGCUUCCUCCCAGUCCUACCUGAAGAUGCCGGGGAUUGUAUCUGGGGCAAUCAGCGUGGACCAAACAGCUAAAUGGGACCAACGACUUGACUUGGCUUAAGUCAGCUUCCUGCGUUCCUGUACCCAACCCAUAAAUUGCUUGGGGCAAAUGUCUUCCAAAGCAGCUUGGGGAGACAUUCUCCCUCCUCCUUAGUGCUCAUAAAUAAUAUAAUGUCAGGUAGCAGCUCCGUGGUUUGAAUUCAAAGCAGCUGAAUGCUUUGGAGAUGGUCCUCGAAUGCGAGGUUUGCCAGUAAUGGGCGCUGCUUAGGGGAAGAGACUUGGCUUAAGAUAGGCGGGUUGCUUUGUUUUGUUUUAGUAUUUCCUGGGCAUGAGUGGCACACUGACGCAGGGGCCUGGCACCAGAAGGAAUUGACUGGAGCUUUCUGGGACAGUAAGAACAAACAACGUUAAGUUCCAAGAAACAGGGCUGCCGGAGCGUAUCGUUGGGGGGUGCCUGAGGGGCUAAGACGUGGGUGCGGAUUUUUGAGGGGGCUCAAAGCCCAGCACAGGGCAGCCCGGUGCUUCUCUCCCAUGCAUCAGAGAAAACAAUGUCCAUGGGGAGGCGCACUGGGCUGGGAUGCCUGCAUAGCGGCCCCUGCCAAGUGCAUCAUCAGCCGGGCGGGCAGGUGAACAGGUGGCGCAGCACAGCCCUGCUUGGCUCCGGUGCAGGGGGGUCACUCUGGUGCUGUGGGCUGCAAGGGUUGGGGUGUUAUGACCACCUCCUUCACCACCGCCCCCAGCUCCCUGGAAGAAAGACAAUACAUAAAUAGCAAAUAGACACCCCCAUGCGUUUAUCCAAUCUAUUUAUACGCCAUCUAAAGCUAUCAUUCUACAGCCGAUCGAUUUCCUUGGGCAGGCCCAACUUCCAGCGUGCCAAGGGGGAAAUUAUCGCAGUUGAAAUUGGUCCACUUUUUUUCUUCUUUCCUGCCCUUCUCCUAACUCAACAAUAGCUCCCUAUCCCCUCGCUUCCAACUUUAGCAUGCGCACACCCGGCUCACACUACUUUAGAGGAGGCAUGGGGAAACGAUGUCCUUGACAUCCUUUGCCUUGCGCUCUGCAUAAUCUCAGGUGACCCUCGGACGCAGUGCCCAGGCACUUUGAAACAGCGGCCGGGUUCAAAGGCCAAGCUUGACUCAUCACGAAACCGUCCUUUUAAGCUGUUCUGUGUGGAGGGAACUCUAGAAGGCAUAUAAUUAUGGGAAGGGGGGAAAAGAGGAGGACAGACUGCUGUUUUCAGGCAUCUGCAGCAAGGAGUCCUUGCAAAGGAAAAUUGGGGUGGGGAGCCCCAUUCAGCAGUGCCUCUUAAACUGUUCCCAGACUUAUGGCAAAAGAUAAGAGGAUUUUGCUCUCUCCCUCUGUUCCUUUAUUCCUCUCUUCAUUGCUCCACCCUGCAUGGCUCUCCUCCUGAAUUCUGGUUUAAUAAGAAGACUGCCUUGGAUUAAUUCCAGAGUGGCAGCAUCACACAUAUCAGAACAGCUUUCCGUUGCAUAAGAUACAAGACAGACCACUGGUCCACGUAGCUCACUAUUGUCUACACCAGGGUUUCCCAAACUUGGGUCUCCAGCUGGUUUUGGACUACAACUCCCAACAUCCCUAGCUAGAAGGACCAGUGGUCAGGGAUGAUGGGGCAGGGGUCUGUCCCAACCCUACCUGGAGAUGUCAGGCAUUGAACCUUGGACCUUACGCAGGCAGCGCAGGUGCUCUGUUCUUGAGCUAUAGCCCUUCUGUUAAAAAUAAAAUAAGAUUCUAGUCCUCAUGUUUCUGAUUGAAGAGCUGAUUUGAAUAGGAAGUUGCCUUAUACUGAGUCAGAUCACUGACGCUACACUCUACACUGACUCUUGCUGAUCUGCAAGAGGGAUUCUAGCGUGUACGGGAACUUUAGAUCUGCACAAUGAAAAGUGAGUCAAAGCACAACAAAUCUACUGUUUCUAAACAAAAAACAAAAGGGCUUUAUGAGGUUUGGAAAUGCACCCGGGAAUGCACUGAAAAGUAUAGCAAGUGAAGGAUUAACGGGAAGUUGUGCAAACCCCCUGCAAGGGAAUGAGUGCAAGAUGAAUGCUCAUUGUGGUGUAACUGUCCCGUAGACAAUCAGGAGAAAUACUCAAUGAGAGCCAGGCCUCGUCUGACCGCUGUGUGAGCUUUGUGCAAGCAAAUCAGGCUGAAUGCUCAAUCCAUAGGAAGACACACUCUGGCAGCAGCUCUCCAGGGUUUGAGGCUCAGGGGUCUCUCUCAGCCCUACCCAAAGAUGCUAUUGGGGACCUUUUGCAUGCCAAACAGAUACUACCGCCUUUCCCUGGCUCUUCCUCUGACUCUUUGCAUCUUUUAUUCCUGCAACUUCCCCCAUUCACUCAAGUGUGUUGAUUCUUUUUUAAACACACUACCCAGAACUCCCCACUCCAAAGCGAUCUUAAUGGGAUUAUACAGGUCUAUUGCACAGAGGUUCCUUUUCAUUCAGUGUUUUAAAGACGCAUUGCUUUCACAGUAAGACACCGUGCAGAAGUCAACUUGGAGUCCCCAGCGAGUACGACUGCCUCAGGUCUGCUUUUUUCGUGCACACAAGGUUGCACGUGCAUGAGUGGAACGUCACACAGGAUGUCACAUUGAUGUGUACACUCACAUCAGGGGUCCGAGGCAGUGCGUUGCUCAAUCGCUCAUGUGCAUUUGUGGUUUCGAGCUAUUUAUUUCUGUUCGGCGAGAUUGAACAGUGGCAAACUUGUAGGUGGGAUGGCAGGGGAGGCGGCCGUUACGACUGGCUGCUUUAUAUUCCAAGGAUAUUGGGUUGUAUCAGAGAAGGCCUACUGGAGUUAAUGGAAAGGACAAACUUAGGUGCAUUCAUUUUGGUGGGUUUUCUCCGAGUAGAACUUACUUGGAUACAACCCCUCUCCUUCUUCAGUCAAAACAUCAGUGUGAGUGAUGUAUUUAUCUCUGGGGUGCCUUUCAAACCUGUGAUUGCAAAUUGCAAAGAUGCUUUCCAGUUGCUUUUAAACAACAAUGACAAAGCAACCUGAGGAGAUUGCAACUAAACAUUAGGAUGUCCUAAUUUGGGUGGGGGGAAAAGCAGGCUAGAAAUAAAUAGAAGAGGAGGAGGAGGAGGAGGAGGAGGAGGAGGAGGAACAGGAACUUUCUGGUGGUAAGAACCAUUCAGCAGUGGAACGUGUUGGACUCUCCUUCCUUGGGAGUUUUCAAGCAGAGGUUGGAUGGCCAUCUGUCAGAGAUUCUUUAGCUGUGAUUCCUGCAUUGCAGGAGGUUGGACUGGAUGACCCUUGGGGUCCCUUCCACCUCUCCAAUUCUAUGAUCCUGUGAGUUCUUCCCAUGUCUCCCACCUGGUAGUUCUCAAAACCACCCACCUGUCUCUUCCAGCCAUGAAAGCUGAUCGGAAGCGUUUGAAGGGGGAGAAGACCGACCUGGUGAGUCAGAUGCAGCAGCUCUACGCCACCCUGGAAAGCCGGGAAGAGCAGUUACGGGACUUCAUCAGGAACUACGAGCAGCACAGAAAAGUAAGGAUGGAUGCCUGGGUGGUGGGGGAGAUUUGACAUUGGCCAGAGUGUUGGCCGUGGAAAAGGAUGCUUGUGUAGAAUGGGCCCGUUGAUGGUCUGAGGAAAGUCCCAAGGGCCGGAUGGAGCAGUCUGGAGGCCAACAUUUGGCUGAUGGGCCUGAGGUUUUCCACUCCUGUUUUAGGGCAAUAAAGAGUGAUAAUAACCAGUCCUUUGAAUUGAGCCCAGAAUCAGAUAAGCAGCCAGUGCAAUUGAAGUCACUGGAUGUUCUAUCUUAUUUUUAGCUCUUUGGCUUGUUCACCUGUCUUUCACAGGUGGCUGUCAUCUUCUCAGCGUUGUCUACCCUAACUGGCAGCACCUCUCCAGGGUUUUAGGCAGAAGUUCCAGGCAUUGAACCUCUUUUGUCCCGUACAGGGGCUUACUUUGGGGGGCGGGGUGAGUUGGAAAGGGAAAGAAGGAGUAUCGGAAUUAUACCGCAUGCUCAGGUGGCAGCUACCACUGCUGGCCAGUGGCAUCUCCUUCACCCCAUACUGGGCCUAGAUGUGGGAGGGGAGACACAUCAAGAAUGUCCCUGGCAAGCUGAGCCCACCUCUGCCCACCAACCAGCCACAGGUGCAUCUUUGCCCAGUGCUGGGGCUUGCUUUUUACAAGGGAGUUGGGGAGGGAAGAAAGGAACGGUGGGGAUAUCUUCACACACUCCAGCUGCAGGGAUAUUUGAGGUUUCCACAUCCUCUUUCAUAUGAGGCAGCUGAGGAAUGGAAGAGCAAGAGGUUUGAAUACAGCAAGAAAGGAGGGAGACUGAAAGGGGGAGAAGUGGCUGUUUUAAACAACAGCAGAAGUUUGAGCAAAGCAGUGGUGGAGAAACACUGAGAGGGGAGGAAGUGGUGGUUUUAAUCGAUGGCAGAAGUUUGAGAGAUGGAAAGACACUGACGGGAAAGUGGCAAUUUAAAACAAGGUUUGAGGGGAGAAAAUGUUUUUAAUCAACAGCAGAAGUUUGAGUAAAACAGGUGGUGAGAUACUGAGGGGGAAGUGGCAAUUUAAAACACGGUUUGAGUACAGUGAAAAAGGAGUUGGAGAAAGAUCUGGUGGUAGCUUUUGAGUGCUCAUUUUUGUGUCGUAACUAUCUUUGCUAUUUCUCUUCCUUAAAACUUUAGGAAUAUCCAUCCCUGUUUUAUUCAAACCUCUGCCAUUGUUUAAAACUGCAAUUUUCUUCUCAGUGUCCUACCACCCCUGCUUUACUCAGACUUCUGCCAUUGUUUUAAACCACCACUUCCCCGCCCACUUUACAGGGAAACUAUCACACAAAGAAAAGUCAUUUCUUCACCUUUUCUUAACCACCACCAGUCCCUCCUUUAUCUUCCUGCCCUCUUUGCCUUCCCUUGUCCCUGCGUUUAGUACCUUGGGAAACAGCCAAUGAAAGCAGUUCAAAAUGGCAAUUUUGUGCAAAUACAGUAUAAAGAAAUAACUCAAAGUAAUGAAUCAUCUGUAAAAUAUUAAACAUUUUAAUUUUUAUUACGUACUUUUAUUUUUAUUAGCAACUUUUAAAUUAAAAGCUCAUCAUAAAUUCAAUAGAGAAGGGGAAGGGGCACAGGGAGAAGGGAGGGGUGGGAGAAACAUUUUACAAUGUAUGAGUACUAAUACUCAUACUAAUGCUAAUUACUAACUGUAAUUACUAAUCACAGUUGCUGAUGUUAUGGCAGGGGUCUCCAAUGUGGCAACCAGGCAGAAGUCUGCCUACCAGAACCUCCUCUGGCACCAGAAAAAGGAGAAUGGAAUAAAUAUGCCCUCAAAAAUCCACAAUUUAAAAGAGACUGGUUGCUCUUCCUGGCUCAGCCUCUUCUACAUUGAGUGCUCUCUCUUAAAACAUGCCCAAAUUUCAUUAGAUGCCAGGAUUAGACAUUCACCUUCACACCCAGUCUGGAGAGGCUACAAGAGCAUAUCUCUGUGAUUGAGCACAAUAGAUGUACAGUGGUACCUCGGGUUACAGACACUUCAGGUUACAGAUUCUGCUAACCCAGAAAUAGUACCUCGGGUUAAGAACUUUACUUCAGGAUGAGAACAGAAAUCGUGCACCUGUGGCGUGGCGGCAGCGGGAGGCCCCAUUAGCUAAAGUGGUACCUCAGGUUAAGAACAGUUUCAGGUUAAGAUCGGACCUCCAGAACGAAUUAAGUUCUUAACCUGAGGUACCACUGUACUUUUUUUCCUCAUCCAUGGGGCAACUGAUAGGUGUCAUGCCUGUACUUUUUUGUGGCCCUGCCUCUUUUUUUGUUCUUGUUGAUGUGGCUGCCACUUGCCACACACCCUCCCACAGCCAUUUUGCGCCUUCCUCAACAUGUUGAAUGUGCCCACUGACUCCCCCCCCCCCCAGGUUGAUAAGGAUGGGGAGGAGAUCAGAGAUGGGAGGAGGGUAGGAAAGCAGCUUAACAGCCACCCAGCCUCCCUGCUUUGCGUCCGUAUUCUGACUCUCACCCCAACCUCAGGAAAGCGAAGAUGCGGUCAAAGCUCUUGCGAAAGAGAAAGAUCUGCUGGAGCGGGAGAAGUGGGAGUUACGCCGGCAAGCCAAAGACGCCACGGACCACGCCAGUGCUCUUCGGUCGCAGCUGGACCUGAAAGACAACCGAAUGAAGGAACUGGAAGCUGAGCUAGCCAUGGUGAGUGUCCCUGCGCCCGCAGGCCUUCAAGGUCUCUCCAGAGGGCUUUCCCCCCCAAACUCCACAUUUCUUGUUCCCAGCCAGACAAUGUUGUCACCCUUCCCAGCUCCCAUACUCCAUGUGAGAAAGCACACGCUAACUAUUUGUCACACUCGGCAUCCAUCACGUUGGCAGUUUUCGUCAGGAGACGACACAGAUCCAUCUACCAUCUGGGGAAACCCAGCCAGAUGGGUGGGGUAUAAAUAAUAAAUUAUUAUAAAUUAUUAUUACCCUCUGCAUAAACUUUGUGCCAGCAAAUAAGGGUGAGUGCUCAGUCUGGAGGGGCCAUCUGCCCUGUCUUCAUUGAGUAUCCAUUCUGAUUUGUUUACGGGGCAGUUAUACAACACUGAGCAUUCAUCUUGUACUCAUCCCGAUUCCCUUACGCCAGGCUUCCUCAACCUCGGCCCUCCAGAUGUUUUUUGGCCUACAACUCCCAUGAUCCCUAGCUAGCAGGACCAGUGGUCAGGGGUGAUGGGAAUUGUAGUCUCAAAACAUUUGGAGGGCUGAGGUUGAGGAAGCCUGGCUUACACAGUGUUUGAAUGUUUUCCUGUUACAUACAUUCCCUCUGCACUUUCCAAUGCAUUUUCUAACCAUUUCUUUUUUUAAAGUGGCUUUCUUGUGCACGGGUGACAGAGCACUUCAGUCCACUUUAAUUGUGCAAGCCUUAAAGUUCCACUCUGUGCUUGAGCACACACCACCGCCCUACAAAUACUGAUGGUUUGGGGGGGUGCCCAGUAAUAUUUGGUGCAAACAGUAGCUGGCACCCCAGACGCGAGAGAAGUCCAUUGGGAGGGAAGGGUUUAUGUGUAAGAGACCUCCAACUAAGGGCUUAUCCACACUUUUUACCCCACUCUUUCCAGGUCUGUGCUUAAAAGCUCAAUGUCUGAGCAAUAUCAUCAUCGUUUGCCCUUGAGAUUUCCCUGUGAAAACCUGCUCUUUAGCGCUCACUUAGAGCAUAUGUCAAUUCAAGUUUUCCGGUAGCUGUUGUUUGCUCUGAUUGAGCUUUAAAGAAUGAGAUUUCACAGAGAAAGCUCUGGAGAAAAGGGGAGGAAAAGGUUGUUUGGACAUGGAGCUUUAAAGUGUUGACCAUGUCUGGAAAGAGCAGAGGAACAGUAAGUGUCAAUGAGCCCACUUUGCAUUCACACAGUGGUUUAUUCCAUUUCCCCGAUGUUUCCCUGUUAAUUUAUGCAUUAUAUCAGAGCUUUUACAUGGCAAUAAAAGCCACUUUCGGAAAACUAAUGGAACAUGGCGCAUGCUUAGCAUUCAUUCCUGUGUUAUUUAAUUCCAGAAAUAAUCCAUUUACAGUUCCCUUAACCCAGAAAAUCACAGGAAUAAGUGAUGCAAGCAUAUACAGUUUUUUCCUGCCGUUUUCAUGGAGGAAUUGGAGCAAGGCGGACAGAAAGAGUGAGGGAGCAGCAACAAUGUCCAAUGACAUUUGUUGUUGUGUCACACCACACCCACUGGUGUGAAUGAAAUGUAGCACAACGUGCCGGUGUAUCGGUUCAACAGCCACAGUUUCAUAUCACAACAGGUACCGCAGUGCAAAAGGAAUAUUAAAAAACAGAACAGAAGCACUAGAAUCACAGUCAGGAAAACUAACGCAGUAUUGCCCACACCUGAGUGUACCCUCAGCUGUGCUCUGAGAAGCCCCACUGAAAUGAAUGAAACACCUAGGUUAGCGUCAGGGACUGGUUGGACACAGAGGAAUGGUGGGAGGAACCAGCUGGGGAACCCCCAAGGGAAGAAGCUCAGAGCCAGGGGAUUGGUCGUGGGCAGCGAGAGAAGACUGAGAAGAGGUGAUGUUGGAGAAGUCCAGGAAUGGAAGCUGAAGCUGAAGCAGGUGAGGGAGGCAGGAAGCAGAGAUGUAUCAGGCUAGUGAAGAGUCACUGGUGUCUCCCCCUCCUGCUGGUCUCCCAGAACCAGGAGAGAGAUGAAGAGGGCAGAGGAGAAGUUAGCUUCAUGCAGGCACCAUCUCAGAUUGCUUAGGAAAAACCCUAAAGAGGAGAGGACUUAGGCAGCUGUGAGAAGGUAGGGACCUUCAGUCUCAGCAACUGCUUUGCAGGGACAAAAUAUGUCAAAUAUGAGUUGCUGUGUUCAUUAGGCCUGACACUCCUGUGCUGAUCCUGUUUUUGCUAAUAAAGAGUUAACUCAACUUACUUUCUGUGAUUUACUGCUGGCUCACUUCCCGUAGACUGCAAUGGGUUUACCCCUGAAUUGGGGCUAAGCACUGACAGCAACCCUGUGUGUCUCCUGCUGCUUCUCUCAGGCAAAACAGUCCUUAGCAACGCUGACCAAGGAUGUACCCAAGCGGCAUUCUUUAGCCAUGCCCGGGGAGACGGUGCUCAAUGGAAAUCAGGAAUGGGUGAUGCAGGCCGACCUCCCGCUGACGGCUGCCAUCCGACAGAGCCAGCAGACGCUGUACCAUGCCCACCCCCAGCACACGGUAGACCGUCAAGGUGAGUUUGCUCCCCUGUCUCUACCUGCGACCCACUCCACCACCACCACCCCUCCCCUUCCCGGUUCUCUUCUCAAAGGUGGCACAGGCAAUACGAUACAAUAUGAUAUGAUACGAUACGAUAAUCGUCAUUGUCAUUGUCCCAUACAGAACAGCAAAAUUGAAAAAAUCUACAUCAGACAUUCAAAAACCAACAAGCCUGCUAUCCCAACUAUCCCAGCCUGGCUAGCCCCUAAAAACUCUGAUACCCCAUAAUUGAAUACAAUAUACUCACAUAGAGACUACCUUACACUGCAUUUAAAACCAAAAUCACAUUUGGAUAGAAACUGUUUCUCAGGUGGCUAGUCCUAGUCUUUAUAAUCUUGUACCUUCUUCCAGAAGGCAGAAGCUGAAAGCGAUCAUUUCCAGGGUGUGCACUAUCCUGCGCUAUCUCUGCAGCUUUCUUAUUACACCUGGAAGCAUAGAUUUGAUCCAAGGUGGGAAGAGUGCACCCAGUUAUUCUCUCCGCAGUCUUUACAACCUUAGACAGCUUUGUUUUUUCCCUGACCGUUCAGCUCCCAAACCACACACACAGACCAUAAGUUAAUACACUCUCAACAGUACAAUGGUAAAAUGCCAUCAACAGGUCCUUUGAGAGAUUAUUUUUCCUGAGGAUUCUCAGAAAAUAUAACCUCUGCUGUGCUCUUUUCCAUACUUUCUCAUUUCUCAUUCUCAUUACAGCAGCCCUGUGAGGUAGGUACAGGUAUGGCAGGGAGAAGGAGAGAGGCUAAACCCCACUUCACCCAAUGAGCUUUGCAGCAGCAGGGAUCUGAAGCUGGGUCCAGCAGGGGCGUGACCUCCUGUGCCCAUCUGGUUGAAUUUUACACAGCACGCCCAUAGGACUGGUGGUGCCAUCUGGGAAGGACUUUGGCGGAGGUGACCAGGGCCCCACUCAGCAGAAUGUGCAGGAGGUCCCCCAGCAAGGUUGGCUAGUCACAUGUCAUGGACUAGGCAGAAGAGGAGGUGGAAUGGUGGAGACCGCCUCCCCAUCCUGACCCUUCCAGAGAGGAGGAAGAGGGAGACAGUAUAGAUUUGCAACAGGGGUUUGUGAGAGGUUACAGCUCAGAGGCAGGUGAGGGGAAAAGUUGGGAAAUAAUGGGAGAGGAGGAGGAAGAGGGAGAAAUGGAGUGACAGCUGACUGGCACGCUGUCAUUAGAAAGCAUUCCAGACCCACCACCUCCUAAAAGUAGGAGAGCAAGGAGCUCGAAGACAGAGGGCACUUAGCAGCACCCGUCAAGGAGGUAAUGAUGAUGAAUGAGGAAGUGGGAGAGACGAAGGGGUGGAGAUUCACUCAGGACAAUACCAUUAUCCAAGAGGCUGGGUUCUAUAGCAGAGGUCAGCAAACUUUUUCAGCAGGGGGCCGGUCCACUGUCCCUCAGACCUUGUGGGGGGCUGGACUAUAUUUUUUAAAAAAGAAAAUGAAUGAAUUCCUAUGCCCAAAAAUAACCCAGAGAUACAUUUUAAAUAAAAGCACACAUUCUACUCAUGUAAAAACAGCAGGCAGACCCCAGAAAUAACCCAGAGAUGCAUUUUAAAUAAAAGCACACAUUCUACUCAUGUAAAAACAGCAGGCAGGCCCCAGAAAUAACCCAGAGAUGCAUUUUAAAUAAAAGGGCACAUUCUACUCAUGUAAAAACAUGCUGAUUCCUGGACCGUCUGCAGGCCGGAUUUAGAAGGCGACUGGGCCAGAUCCGGGACCCGGGCCUUAGUUUGCCUACCCAUGUUCUAUAGCCUCUCUCUGUAAAGACUGAAAUAAAAAAGGACUUUAAGAAACUUUUCCUUGUCUUUAUACCUUCCUGGGCAACCAGCCGGGAGCCACUGACAGCAUCCUGACAUCACAUUUGGAAAGCAGUGAAAUAAGACAUACUAUCAUCCGAGCGAGGGAGGGGAGGGGUGUGUGACCAUUAAGUCCAGAGUCAAAUAUUACUUAACUGCACCACUGUAUAGGCUCCCCCUUUAAAGAUCGCCAUGCAAAAGUCCACCCACUAUAUAAAGCACAGCUCAGGAGUAGGGUAUUUGCUUUGCAUGCAAAAGGUUCCAUGUUCAAUCCCUAGCAUCUCGAGGUAGGGAUGGGAGAGAACCCUAGAGAACUGUAGUGUAGACCAUCCCCUAGACUCAAAUCAAGACAAGCAUUUCAAAUACUGGAAGGGCAGAGAGACUUCAAGUCCAUUUAUUGGCAGACCCCAUCAUUACUGGGCAGGGAAUCAUUUGGCUAAGAUUGGGGCGAGUCAGGAAAUGGGCCUUGUGGUUUCCAGUAAAGGUCCCUCUAGCACUCUCACCAUCAUUCGGUUUAUUAGGUUGGAUUCCCUGCUGCCUGUGCCACUGGGGUCACCUGUCAAACUGUAGGCCAGAUGCCCCAUACCCUUCCAGAAGUUGCUGGAAUGCAGACCCCAUCCUCCCUGACCAUUAGCCAGGCUGGUUGUGGCUGAUGGAAGUCAAACUCCCAACAUUCAGAAAGCCACAGGUCCCACAUCCCUGCAACCACGUUGGAGCUAUCCAAGGUCCUGAAAUGCCAACCCUGCUUGAGCGUUCCACCUGUGCAGAAAACCCCAGUCUUGAAAGGCAGGUGAUCCCAGAGAGCCAAUUCAGUGCCUCGAGCUUCCUUGAGCCCCAAGGAGGCUUCCACCCGCAGCAAGGCGGAGACUCACCUGCCCCUCUCCGAUGCUUGCCUUUCAGCGGUCCGCGUGAGCCCGUGUCAUUCCCGACAGCCUUCCAUCAUCUCUGAUGCGUCGGCAGCAGAAGGCGACCGGUCGUCCACACCAAGCGACAUCAACUCCCCGCGGCACCGAACGCACUCCCUCUGCAAUGUAAGGCGCCUCUGCAGGUCAUUGGAUGUUCCUAACACUGUUCUAACACACUUGCUUGCCUUGUUCGCUUGCGCCCGAGCCGACUCCUGUGGUCGGUUGCUUUGCUGCUGCUGCUUUUUAAUGAUGGCUAUGUUCUCCCUCCACCGUAAGAGACUGUAUGGCCCUGAAUUCCAGUUCUUGGGGAUCCUAUAUGGGGGAAAGUUGCCGUUGCACUCAGAUCCUUCUUGCGGGCUUCCCUUUGGGGCCUCUGAUUGGUCAAAAUGCUGGACUAAAUGGGUCUUUGGUCUCACUCAGAAACUCCCUUCAUAUUUUGGUGCAUACAAUCAAUCAAUCAAUAAAUAAGGGCAAAUGCAAUCUGCAAUGAAAUAUUGAAGUAUAUCCCUUUCCCAUAAGACAAAUGCUCCUGUUCAGGGCUCCAGUCUCCUUGGAACAAGGAGUUACGAGUUACGUGGGUCAGGGUUGAGGGAGAGCAUAUCUAACAUUUUCCUUUGCUGUGCUCAAGUUUGGGGGCUGGCUGUUGGGGAGGGAGCAGAUUUUGGAGGGCGGGAAAUGCAUCCCCUUUCGUCUUUCCUUCCUCCUGAAACAACCCUUUGCAUUUCAGGAAUGAGUUCAUGGUCCCGGCAUGCAACCCUCUAGACUAUAGCCCUCCCUGUUUGAGGGUUUAGCAGUCCAGUUAAAUCCUCUUUCUUCCCUUCCCACCUCAACAUUUUGUAUGUCCCAGAAGUUUACAGGUUCAGGUCAGGCCAUUUCAAGGUUCCUUUAUGUUUCAUUUUCUUUUUUGAACAUAAAACGUACAUAAGGAAUUCUCUGAGCGUAUAGAAAACUACCACCUUAUGCUUGGGGUGAGCCCUUUUCUCUUACACCCCUGUAGGCACACAACCACCCCAUUUUGGUUUUUGGAAGGAAUUGUCGUGCCAAUGUUGGUUGUAAAACUUUUCGUUGUAAACUUCCUCAGGGGUCUAAGUUCAUCGAAAGACAGAGUGUUUUUAUUUACUUAUUUUAAAUGGCUCCUCCCAAAAGAGAUAAAAGGGUGGCACCCUUUUGGUAAUGAUCCCACCCAACAUUCACUUAGGGUCCCCACCCCGUGCCCUAUCCCAUUGCCCCAAGAUGUCUCUCCAUCCACUCACAGAAGGUGUCAUUUUCCCUGGAGAUGAAAAUGUACAAGGUAACGUCAUUGUUGAAUGUUGCACAUCACAGUAAAAAAUGAAGGCUGUAUUGACUCCAGGGUUAAUCCUACUCAGAGCAGACUCAUUGAAAAUGAUGGGCGUAACUAACUUAGGCCAAUUCAUUUUAGUGGGUCUACUCUGAGUAGGACUUAAUUGGACACAGCCCGUAACAUCUCCAGAUGGUAGGGAGGUCAUUACAACAUUUUUUCCCUUUCUUUUUUUUUAUUAUUGGUUUUCACAUAUUACUUUACAAUACAGAUGUACCAAAGCCAACACCAUUUCCUCCCCAUCCCCCCAUACAUUUACAUUUCUAUUCCUCAAUCCAUCAUAUUAUUCUUUUCUCCUUCCUCCCACUUCCCUCCGCCCCCACUCGAUUUCCUCCACAUUAUACAAUUUACAAUAAUCUUUGCAUUCUACAACCUUCUCCAAUUCUUAUUAUCUUUCCUUACAAAUUUUUCUUCCAUCCAGUACUUCGCAUUUUAAUCUAGGCAUAUUAGCAUAUCUUUUUUUGAGCAAUAUUUUGCCAUAUAUUCAUCAACACAUUUCCACUCCUUUUUUAAUUUUUGAUUUGAAUAAGAAGUCAGUCGAAUUACAACAUUUAUUGACCUGUUGAUCAGAUUGCCAAGUAGUUAUCGAGGGGGAAAUGAUGAACCCACUAUCCAAUGAAAAAUUGCUAUUAAGGAUCUGGAAUAUAGUUUAUAUGACUACCUUUGUUGCCCUCCUCUGAACCCAUUGAUGGGUCUUCCCCUAUGGAUCUCCUGCCUGCCAUCUAGCUGUGCCCUGACACUGAAUCUCAUUUGUGCUUUUGUUUUCCAUUUGACUGCAUUCCAGCUUUCAGGGACCAGAGGUACACAAAGGUGGUUGGUCCCCUUUGGGACUGGGACAGGGAGACUCACACUAGGUGCCAGAGCCAAAGACAGACAGAGCCAGCUAAUUCUAGAACUUCCUAUUAGCUCUGGCUGGCUGUGUGUGUUUUAACGGAAUGACAAUAUUUUGACAUGAACCAUCUGCUUACUACCAUCUGCCCCACUAGACUUUCUUACCCUUCCCGAAUGAGUUCUCAGAGGAAUUUAGAUCUCCAGGAACCACCUGGAGAUGCCAAGGUGAUGGUAGUGGUGUCUGGCGCCCCUUGGGACUGGUGGGGCAGGAAACCCAACAGCAGGUGGAGCCAAUAAAAGGCUGAGCCAGCUAUUUCUAGUUUUGUCCCCAUCUUCUACAAAGCAACAUUGAGAGUAAAGAGGAGGUGGCAGACGUGCGUCGUUGCCCCACUAGAUUGGUCUUGCAUAAGAAAACAGGCAAGUGAGGGCUGGCUAGAGAUGGACUGAAGUUAGUGGGGCAGUGCCUCAUUUUCCCAUUCUCCAUGAAGGUACAGAGUAACCCGAUCUGACCCCAGGGAAGAAGCCUGUGCUGAAAGGAUUGUGGAUUGUGGAACUCCCUUGAGAGCCAACCACUGCCAUCCCAUCAACAUUUUUAUUCCUCAGCCAGCCAGUGGGCUUUUCACAGCAAAGCGCAACAUAUCUCAAAUUUCAAGGCGGGAGCCGGUCAGCAGUAACUCACAAGGUGUCAGUGAAGUUAACUCCUUAUUCAAAGAAACAAAAGCAGCUGAGUACUAGUGAGGACAGCAACUCUUCCCAGUAGGUCUUGCCUCAAUGAGGCACUUGCAAGGACUGGAGGACCCCACCCUCCCACAACUCCCUAAGUUUCCUGCCCAAGUCCUGCCAAAGUCACCUUGUCUGUCUCUGCUCCGCCCUCUUCAUACCUCUGUGGGUUCUGGGCAACCAGCAGGGAGGAGAGCUGGUCACAGCAGGAGGGGGAGACCCCCUGGCUUCUUCAGCAGCCUUCUUCAUCUCUGUCUCUUUUCUCCUCUCCUCUCCAGCCUCUGCUUCUGAUUCUGAUUCUAAACUGUUCUCUGCCACAGCCUCUUCCUGCUCACUAAACCCUGUUUCCUGCUCAGUAAACCCUGUUCCGACACCACCUUCUCCCAGUCUGCUACCUCUUCUCCACUAGUCCUCUGCAUCCAGCCAAUCCAUUGGGGGAAGGUGCCAGGCGUGCUUCGGCAAUGGGCAAUGGGUAUUGAGCCCGCCCAGGCUCCAGGCUCUAUUGUUCUGCUAUGUGCCAAGCUGACAUUCCUCUUUCUUCUGGCAGGGAGAUAGUCCUGGACCAGUACAGAAAAACUUGCACAACCCAAUUGUCCAGGUAAGAACUGGGUCAUCCUGGAUGGCCAGACACCUAUUGAAAGGGACUUUUCCAGGAUGUGUUGUAAGGGUGGGAGGAGAUCCAAGGGCAUUAAACUCAGAGCAGGUGGGUUGUUAGGGGGCUUUACCCACCCAAGUAAGUCCUACUCAGAGUAGACCUUCUGAAAUUAAUGAGGAAACGUCCAUUAAUUAAGCUGUGUCCAUUGAUUUCAUCGGGUCUACUAUAAUGUUGGAUACAACCCACAUUGUUUACAGGGGACCCAGGUGCAUCAGUCUUCUUAAUUUGUAGAGGGUCCGAUCCAUAAACAAUAUACUGAACAAUGUAUCUGCUACUGUCAGCAACCUCAAGUGUCAGGGGUAGUAGAGAAAAUAAGUUCUCGUCUCACUUAGAGUCAAACUUGCAUAAUUUGUAGUUCCUGAAACAAUGUAUGGACCAAAGCAAGGCCAUCCUUAGAAAUUCAUAUUUCUUGGCAGUUCUUCAGCCAAGUAGUGAUGAGUACAUAAAUGCAUUUGCCAGGGUCAAAUGUGCAUGAAAAUGCAUAUAGUGCUGAAAAUAGCAUUUUUUAAAGGAUUUUUUUAUUGCAACAAUGUGUGUGCAUUAGGCAAAUGUGUAUAUCAGGAGAAAUUCUCAUUAAACUUGCGAUGAAUUUUCAUUAGGAUACUUUGGGGGGGUGGGAUUCACUAAGCAACUUAGAAAUGUGGAGAAGCAAAUGUAAGAGUGGGAAAAUAAGAAACCCAAAUAAACAGAGUUGCCCAUCUCUGACUGGCCCCACUUCAGAAGCGCACGCCCAUUUUUUUGCUCAUCACCUGUCUGAUACAAUAGCCAUCUUCAUACAUCUGAAGGGCUGCCACAUGAAGGAGGACGCAAGCUUGUUUUCUGCUGCCCCGGAGGGUUGCGACCCAAACCAAUAGAUUCCAAUUACAAGAAAGGCGAUUCCAGCUAAACAUUAGGAAGAACUUUCUGACAGUUGGAGCUGUUCGACAGUUAAACGAUCUCUUUCAGGAGAUGGUAGCCUCUCCUUCAUUGGAAGUUUUCCAGCAGAGGUUGGAUGGUCCUCUGCCAGAGAUACUUUAGCAAGGAUUCUGGCAUUGCGGGGGGUUGGACUAGAUGACCCUUGGCUGUCCCUUUCAGCGCUACGAUUCUGUGACGCUUUCCAUGAAAAAACCUGCCGUCUCCUUUCUCCCCAGUCUCUAGAAGACCUCGAAGACCAAAAACGGAAAAAGAAGAAAGAGAAAAUGGGCUUCGGAUCCAUCUCCCGCGUCUUUGCCAGAGGGAAGCAACGGAAAUCGCUCGACCCCGGGCUCUUCGAUGGUACCGCCCCCGAUUACUAUAUCGAGGAGGACGCCGACUGGUGACGGCCUGCCUCUCCCGCUCCCGCUUCUGGUGUGCGUGCGUGUGUGGGAGUGUCUGUGUGCGCAAGCAAAAAAAAAAAGCCUCUAACCGAACCCAGCGGAUCGUGAGCCCGUGGCCUCUAAUGUAACCCGCUGUACAUAAACCCCCAGCGAUCCCCUGUGUGAACCCCCUGCCCUGCCCCCCAUUAACUGUUGUCUAUGGAGCGAUGCCAGUCGUGUUGUGUGACCUUCCCUGGUUCUGUUCUGGGGUGUGCUUUCUUUUUUAUUUGUUUUGUUUCUCCCCGCCCCCUGCCUCCUCCGACCCUGCUUUCCCCGCAUUUCUUUUUUACUCUUCUUUUUCCUCUUCGUCCCCCCCUCCCCCUUUUUUUUACGAAACUUGAAAAACUUGAAGGACUGCUGUGUAUCUGUAAAUAACAACGACGACGAGGAAUAUUGUGCACUGUGUGCUUGUAAAUGUCUCCUGUCCCCCAAAAAGCUGUUCUCUCCCCCCUCCCCCUUUUUUUAUUGCAUCCCACCCUGAGAUGACGUCUGCGUCUCGUGUGUUUUUGCCAAGAUGGCUGCCGAAAGGGAGAAAUGGUGUGUCCUGUUCUCGUGGGGCGGACGCGCUAUCUCAUGGCGAGCCAGCAGUUCAGAAGUGUGUUUGCGGCAGGGAUGGGCAACAGCCUUGUCUUAUGGGCAAGAGAUCCAGCCACCAAGUCAAGCUUGUUGGGCUAGACUGGAGAGGAAGACCACUCUGUUGCAUGAAAGCUUUUUUCCCAAAAUCCAAACGGCAGGUGUGGGGCCUCCAGUCUGGAUUGAGACCUUGGUGUGGAAUAGCUUUUUGCUCUCCUUGCAGUCCUGCUCCAAUGCAAGUAGGAGAUGCCAGACACUGAUUUGGAUUGGGUCCACAGCAAGCAGGUGGGGUGAAUUGAAUCCAAAACCCCUCCCACCAGGGUUCUGGUCCAGCCUGCAGACACCACCUCCCAUUCUUGUAAUGGUUGGAUAUGUGGAUGGUGUCCCCUCUGCUUUGAUCACUUUUGAGACCUCCUACUGAAUUUAAGCCAAGGGGUUGUAUCCCUACUCAGAGAAGACCUGUUGAGAUUAAGGAACCUAACAGAGUCAUGUCCAUUAAUUUCCAUGGUCUGCUUUGAGUAGGUGUUAUACUGAAUACCAUCCCUAAGGUAAAGGGAAUUUCUGUGCUGCCAUAUGGCGUUCCCUAAGACUGGAGAAGUUGGCCAUCCCUGCUAUUGCACAAUCAUAUCGCCAGAAAAAUCUCACCGUGAGGCAAGGAGUCCCUGUUGGCAAUAGGUUGCCUGCUCUUAUAAAUAUGUCCCUCCUGAGGUGGUGAAACCAGGGCUGUACCUAUAGGAAGAGAGGCUGUGAGGACCAGCCCCACUUUCAGAAUACUGGAGGACAGAAUACAGUGCUAUUUUUCUAGAGAAAGAGGUGCCAGAGCUCACCAUGAAAUUCUCCAAUGGCGCAAUGGUGCCCACCUGAGAGGUGCUGGAGCUGAGCUCCAGUGAGCUCCGGCUGAAAACAAGACCUUGCCACUUCCUAAAUGUGCAGUGUUAGUUUUAAAAAUGUACGUUUCUAGUCCUUUUAGUUGUGAAGAUAUCAGGGAAACCAGGAAGAGGAGGUGCUAUCCAGUCUCUCACUGCAGACAUUGCUGCCUUCCAGUGAAAGCAAAGAGAUGGUAAAGGUAAAGGGACUGGGACCCCUGACCCCAUUAGGUCCAGUCAUGGCCAACUCUGGGAUUGCAGCACUCAUCUUGCUUUAUUGGCUGAGGGAGCCGGCGUACAGCUUCUGGGUCAUGUGGCCAGCAUGACUAAGCCGCUUCUGGCAAACCAGAGCAGCACACGGAAACACCGUUUACCUUCCCACCGGAGCGGUACCUAUUUAUCUACUUGCACUUUGACGUGCUUUCAAACUGCUAGGUUGGCAGGAGCAGGGACCGAGCAACGGGAGCUCACCCUGUCGUGGGGAUUUCAGCCAACAAAUCUUAAGUGGAGAGGGGGAAAGAGAGAGAGAGAGUUAAGGCUGCCAUCUUCUUCCUGGGAAUAUUUCCUGUUCAACUCAGUGGGGCUUACUUCUAAGUAGAACUAUGCUGUAUCUCUUUGUUUUUUAAAACGGACUGUGAUUAAAUAGCAGGUAUCCCCAACCUGUGGCCCUCCAGAUGUUUGGGGACUACAACUCCCAUGAUCCCUAGCUAACAGGACCAGUGGUCAGGGAUGAUGGGAAUUGUAGUCCUAAACAUCUGGAGGGCCAAAGGUUGGGGAUGCCUGACAUAGACAUAUCUGUAGGAUUGAGGGAGAAAAUCAGUCUCAUUCACAUUUAAAGAUGGACUUCUCUAAUUCACAAUUCCUGAAACAGUCAGGAACCUAAGCCCAGCCACUUUGCAAAAUUCACACUUGUCUGAAUUUUGCAAUGUGGCUAUCUGGCCAAAUAAUGUAUACAAAAAUGCACUAACCAGGGUAAAAUGUGCAUUGAAAGGCUUAGGCUGAUGACGAUAGCAUACAAAAAUGCUUUCUGUUAGGGGAAAUGGCUUGUAAACAUGGGUACAUUAGGCACAAUUGAAUUAAAAAUGCAUAUAUUAUUUAAAAAAUCACAAACUGAUAUAGAAAUAUAGAGGACUGAAUUUAAGAUUGGAAAAAUUAGAAACUGAAAUUAGAAACCCUAAUUAGCAGAAUAUGUAGGCAUUUCUGGCUGUUCUGGACUAAUUCCACGCAUCUGCUUAGGUCCACCACUACUACUACAAAAUGCUUGGGUGAAAGCUCUGGGUUAUAUCUAGCUAAGUUCUCCUCAGAGUUGACCCAUUCAAAUUCAUGGCCUUAGGCUGGCAAUGUUCAUUAAUUUCAGUGGGUCUACUCUAAAGCGGACAUAGCUGGAUACCACACACUGUGUCCUUACCUUUUUAUCUGCAACUGAAAACCACCACACAGAGGUGCAUUUGUAGGAGGAAGUAACAAGCGAAAUGGUUAUAAAGAUGGACAGCAUCACUGUGAGCUUUUUCUGCGAGCGAUUGUGCAAAGAUACCCUCUGGACCUUUCUUUUCUUUUGCAUGUGACAGACAUGAUCCUUCAGCCCACAGUGGGCUUCUGAGCCAGACUUGUGGCAAACGAAACAUUUAUGCUGCAGUUCAUAAGUGACCAUAUUCUUACUUGUGGUCAGAGUUCAAAGGGGAGUGGGCUUUGGGUGCAAAGCCACCCCCAAUUCCAAAAAUAAAAGACCCCAAACCCCAGUAAGAUGACCUCUUCCAGGCCAGAAUACCUGGAAAUCAUAUGGAUGUAAAGUGCUCGCUCUUGCUUAUCUUCCUAAUUUUUCUAUUUUGUUUUUUAAUGCAUACUCAUCUGGAAUAAUUCCUUAACCCUCUUUUUUCUCCCUAUAUUGUUUUAGUUUUUAAUUUAUUUGCACAAUACAGAAGAUGUAUUCUAACUAAAUUAUUACAUAAAUAUUGGAAUUUAUAUUUUUCCACGUUGGGUGGGGGUUUUGGACGGGUGCUGUUUCUACUUCCCUGCUCUCUGGGAGUUGAAUUUGCAGAGCUGAAGUAUGAUGGAUUUGAUGCCAAGAGAACAAAUGUUAGUUUCCCCCAUUUUCCUUCUCCCUGCCUCCAUCCACCCCCCUCCUCUCCCUGACUCUCUGCCGGAACACCCAACCAAAAUGCCAAAUGUGCAUUUCUGUCAGUUCAGGUCACUUUCUGGUUAACUCACAUCAGCUGCUGCCGCUGCUCAGAGCGGCACAGUGAUGCGAUAUUAUUACUUAUUUCCCUAGAUAGUUUUUCAUGGAUUGUGAGUGACUGAAGUUCAGGCCUUGCAAGAACAUCCAAAGCUGCUUUGAACUCUGUCUCAACCCCUCGCUUGACAUUGUCAUUUGUCCCCAUCCCGCAGGCAAGAUCAGGGAUUUCACACACUGAUGUUCUGAAUGUGCAUUCAGAUCAAAAAUGAGUGAACCAUAAUUCAGCCACAAAAUGGCCAACGUCUUCCUUGGAUUUGAAAUGUCAAGGAGACUUCAGCGAGAAAAGGCAAGUGGAAAAUGGACUUGAAGUUGCUUCUGUAGGACCAAGGUAUGGAAGCAAGCAAUGGCCCAUUGUCUAAGGUGAUAUUUUAUGUCAACAAAAACCUAUCGCUGCUUCACACAGUUGAAAACACUGGCUUGGCCCAUUGACACAACUACUGGGAACGUAGUUUUGGUUUCUACUCUCCACCCACCAGCUCAGUUUCCACCAACAAGAGGAAACCCAAGCAAGGUGAAGAAGGGUAGGUCCAGGGAUCUGGAGCUGCCUUGGUCCUGAGACAAGCCCAGGACCCUGAUCAAGGGCAGAGAUGCUGUGCAGAGUUCUGUAGUUCUGUAGCGGGCAUUCAGGACCAUGGAUAGCAACCCUGCAGCUGAGACAGGAAGAUCAUGUUGUCUCAGCACUGGCCUGAAUCAACUGCCAGGGCUUUGUAGUCUGAACUGAAAAGUUAUGGGGAAAGCCCAACCCUUGGAGUGCUGCUGAUGGCCAGUUAAAGGACUAGUGCUGUUCAAGACAGCUGCUGGCUUCUCAGCAGUGGGGUUUGGCAUUUCGAGUACUCCUUUAGAGAAAGUCGCCUGGGUAUACUUGAGCCUCCAAGGAAUCUGACCACUACUGAUUAGAGUCCUGUGGGGAAAGUACCUCCUUGGGUUUCAGGGGCCGGUGUGUGGACUGCGUUGCCAGCAGAUAUACUCAGGAAGGAUUAGGGAUCCACCUCCUCCUCAGAGUUACUAUUGCUUGAUGACUUUACAUCCAAGGACUGCUGGUCCAGAAACCAUGGCACUUCUGAACUUGAUCGUAUUUCCUUGGUCAAUUGAUUAGCCCUUCCAGAUCCUCUGGCAGAAUUGGGAGAACUGUGGACCAAAUUUUGUAAUCCUGCAGUUGAGACAGAAGGAGCCAUUUGUCUCAUUUUCCUAGGGGGAACGGGCAGUAAAUGCAGUUCAAAGUAAGCAAGUGUAAGGUUGGGACGAAAAACGCUAAAUUUCACAUAUCCACUCAUAGGGUCUGAACUGGUAGUGACUGACCAGGAACGAGACCUUGGAGUCUUAGUGGAUAGUCAGAUGAAGGUGUGCGGCAGCUGGAAAAAAAGUGAAUUCCAUGCGAGGGGUCAUUAGGAAAGGAAUCGAAAACAAAACUAUCCAUAUCAUGAUGCCUUUAGACAAAUCUAUGGUGUAGCCACAUUUGAAAUACUCUGUGCACCCCACCUCAAAAUGAAUAUUUUACAGCUGGAAAGCUUUCACAAAAGGGCAGACAAAACAGAUCAAGGGUUAUAACAUUGGGGGGGGGUUUAGUUUAAGGAAAGGAUGACCAAGAAGUGACAGGAUAGAAGUGUGCAUGAUACAGGGAAAGUGAAUAGAGAAAUAUCUCAUAAUUCUGGAACUUUUGGGCAUCGGGGGAAGCCAAGAGCUGGAAUAUUCAGGGCAGCCAAAGAAAGCACUUCUUAAACUAUGGAACUCACUACCACCAGAGGCAAUGAUGGUCAACAAUUUGGAUGGCUUUUUAAAAAAAGGAUUAGACAGAUUCAUGGAGGGUCAGCUUCUUCGUAGCUUCCAGCCAUAGUGGCUCUGCUCCCAACCCCCAGAAGCAGUGUGUCUUUGAAUGCCCAUUGCUGAGAACCACAGGCUCUUAUAUUCAACUCCUGCUUGCUGGUCAUUCCACAACCAGCUGAUUGUCCAUUGGCAGUAGCACAGAAGCGGACUUUCUUGACAACAGCAGUCACCUUCUAGGUUGCUCCCUCUUUGCAUAAAGCACAAGGCAGAGAUUGUGAAGAUCUUCAGGUGCCUCUUUAAAGCAUGUGUCAUUACUCAGGUUUUCCAGGAAUCUCUCCUACGUUUUGGGGGCUGCAUCUUAUGUGAGUCCAGGUCAGAUUGAAUGCAUUGAAAUUAAUGGGUAUGGCUAACUUAGGUCCAUUCAUUUCAUUGGGUUUACUCCUAGUAAAACCUAGUUUGAUAUAGCCCUUGAUUUUUAUUCAGGACUCAGUUUUAUUUAUGAUACACAGUUGUGUUUUUAUUUUGUUUUUAUCCCAGUUUUUAUGUAAUUUUGUUGAACGUUUGCAUUUUUAUCGCUGAACACUUAUUUUUGCAAACUGCUUAGGGAUUAUUAUUUUUUUACUGUGUUGAGCAGUAUAUAUUUUUUACAUUAAUAAUGAAAACAAACCAUGGUUUUAGUUCUUAGCUUGCCGACAACAAACAAACCAUAGUGAAACUUCUGAACUGGGCUUGCACCUAGUGCUAAUAACUAUCGGUUAUUAAGCCAUGGUUUAGUGUUAAAUGAGAAACAGAGUUUGUUUGGUGUGUGUUUUCCCCCGGCGUUUUUUCAAGGGCACCCAAGUUUCUUCACCUUAUUUACUUCUACAGUACCAAUGAGCAUAUGGUGGAGGAGCUAUAGCUCAGUGGUACGGCAUCUGCUUUGCAAACUGAAAGUCCCCAGUUCAGUCCUUGGCAUCUGCAGGUAGAGCUAAGAGACACCCAUGGCUGAAAUCCUGGAGAGCCACUUCCAGCCAGUAUAAAGCGUACUAAGAAAUAUGGCCUAGUGGUAUAAGACAGCUUCCAACAUUCCUGUGUGCAUUGAUAAAUCACUGCCCAAAAAGUGGUGCAGAUGUGAUCGCGUACAUGAUUGCAUAAGGUAUUUUGUGCAGUGUUUUAGUGAUGGGCACAUGUGCUCUGGCAUAUUGCUUGAACACCACACAAAUAGAACUAGAUACCCCUAUACAAACAAUUGCAUCAGAUUUGCUUUUUGGCAGAGAUUUGUCAGUCCACAGGUGUGUACAUUUACAUCAUUGAAACCACACACGCACAGGUCUCAAUACCCACACAAAAGAUCUCGACACAAGCAUGAGAAUGCAGUUAUCCCUUUUUUGCAGGGUUUAUCAAAGCAUCAGGUGCAAAUUUGCAAUGCGGAGGAUAGGAUUCAAACAAACUGACAGCUAAACAUGCCUAGCACUGUGGAAAAUUUAGAAAUAAGAAACAGGGUUCCAAACACACACGUUGCAUGUCAGUAACAAGAUGAGAAAACUAACUGCCCUGUUUUUUGGCCUCUGCAGCAGCUGCUGCACUGUUGCUGCUAAACAACCAUUUCUUUGCAGGCAUAAAAACAGGAUUGGAGAAGGUGCAAAGGAAGAUCUGCGGACCCUGAAAUAGCAGUAGCUCAUCAGCAUGGUGCCCAUUUAAGUGUGCAAGUGAGCUGCAGGGUAGAGAACUGGAUCUGCCUGGCAGGCAGGACCCUUAACUCCUUCGUUUCACAAUGGCCUAAUAGCCUCAAUGAUAAUGGUGCCAAGAGCCCAGGCAGACAACCAAAUGAUUGGCAGAGUUUGCGAAGAGCCACACACCAGCGAAUGGUCACUUGCGGAGUACAACGCACAAGGCUUUUGCAAGUGUGUUGCAUACAGCUUGCACGUGCCACUGCUCAACAGUGCCUCCAAACCCUCUUUGGCCUAGACACUCCUUCACCAUCAAAUUUGGAUCAUGUGGGCUUGGCCAAACAUCACUUUGUGGGCCAAAUGAGUCUCAACAGGCCUGAUUAGCCCUGUAGGCUGAAGGUACCCCACCAAGGGCUUAGGGUCUCCAUGAGGCCCUCAGCUUUGUUCCAAAUUUCUCAGGAUCUCUGUUGCUCCCUCCUACAUGAGCUGGGACACAGGGAAAGGGGUCUUCAACAGAGGGGGCAGAUUGUGGCCCACACCUAAGAGCUGGCAAAUAUGGUAGGGAGCUAAAUGGGUGAAACUGCUGUUGGUGGCCCAUACAAAAUAUUGAUUCAAAAUUCCUAUUAAUAUUUAUUUUUAGAAACUUGCUUUCCAGGGAUGUAGAAAUCCACACUGGAACAGCUGAGCCUGGAAGCUUUAGAUCUGGACUCUGCCUCGCCUUGGGGUGAAGUGUUUGAAGGUCCCCUGGACUGUGGUGUCCUCCUGGGCUACAGAGUGUCUUCACCCACCUAGGCAGUUCAUUGGUCCCCCUUGACCUGGUAGGGCUACAAAAGCUUCCAGGUCAAGCUUUGAAUUUGCCUGGGCAGUUUAAAAAAAAAAGGUAAAAAGGUAAAGGACCCCUGACAGUUAAGUUCAGGCGCAGACGACUCUGGGGUUGCGGCAUUCAUCUCGCUUUACAGGCUGAGAGAGCUGGCAUUUGUCGUUUUUCUGGGUCGUGUGGCCAGCAUGACUAAGCCACUUCUGGCACAAUGGAACACCAACACCAGAGCAGUUCACGGAAACGCCAUUUACCUUCCCGCUGGAGCAGUACCUAUUUAUCUACUUGCACUUUGCCUGGGCAGUAGCCAGGGUCAAAUAUCGUAGUAAGACCUCUUUUUAACAUAGAUCUCCCCCAUGACCUCCAGCUGCUUAGGAGUAACAGACAGCCCCCCUCUACUCUCAGUUCAGAAUUUAUUGAUCCAACCAAGCUUUUCCUUAAUUAAAAACAACUCUUCUUUAAAAAUUAAGAGGUUUGGGGUUCCCCCCCCAAAAAAAAAAGCCACAUUACACAACAGAAAAUAUCAGGAGGACCACAGAGCUUGAUCCCCUCCCUCUCUGAGCUCACCCCCCCCCAAAACCCCAUCCACAGGCUCCUGGGCCAUGCCUCACAAACAUAGGACCCAGGAAACACCCCAGCAAGGCCUUCAUUCAGCCUUCGCUGCCUGGACACCAGAAUAGCAACACCCCUGGGGCGUGUAGAUUUCCAUCAAGCAACGUCCUUUGGACUGCAUCCCCCAGACUCCCUUCCACCCAGGGUGCUAUAGUGAGGACACUCAGUCAUGUGACUGCCUUGGGUGCACCUCUCAGGGCAUGUGCACCCUGGAAACUUAAGCACGUUGUGGCUCCUUGUUGAUCUGUGCGUGCCGAGAAGCUUGGUUCGUUUUCUCCUCUGGAGAAAAAUGGCUCUGGGGACGUGGCACUUGAUUCAGGGCACUCAAUUCAUAGCAUGAGAGUGGUUUCCUUAUGGACUUGGGGUGACAUCUCGCCAUCUCCUUGCCCCCUGCAGCUCAGCAUCGUCACGGGCACACGUUCCACACACCCACCCAUACAAGGAGCACAUCUCUGGCAAUAACAUUUCCCCUAGUUACACAGUGAGGUCGUUUUAGCCAAGCUUGGGAGUGACUCUCAGGAGGACACACAUUUGCCUUGAAAAUGUCAUGUGAGAAUCCAAGUUCUAACGGGGGGCUGCAGCCCUGUGGUCUUUCAUCCCCUGGUUUAGAAGAUGGAGACAUUCCUGAUGCCAAGUCAAACGCGCUGUCAGCAGAGGGGAGUCUGUUUUAAGGACAAUUAAUACAUGAGGAGAUCCUGCACUGGGCUUAAGUAUUUUUAUCUGAUUCCUUCAGGAGUUCCCCCCAAGGAGCUGUGUACUUCAGUUCUGGCCUGUGACCAUUACUGCAGACAUAGGUACCUCUGUUCCCUUAUACUUGUCCAAGUUUCUAGACCUUAUGGUUAUGGAAAUAAUCUUGAAAGUGUGCAACAACAGCUGAUAGAAUCUCAGAAGGGUUGGAAGAGAUGCGCUAGACCUCUAUGCUCCUCCCAUUUGAGCUGAAGCAGAAUAAAAUGGCGCAAGGCAAGUAAAGAAGAUAUGCAAACAUUCUUCAGUUUGUCAUUUUUAUGUCUCUCAUGCACAGGAACUCUGGAGCCUGUUAACUGCCUCAGACCCGUUUUGUUGACAUAAAAAAAGCCUCCGCUUCUCUCUGUCCCAGAACACAGCGAUUUCUAACUCCCCUCUGCACCAGCAAGACCUUACAGAUGUUACAAUUGGGCCAUUGCUUCCUUCAGUCAAGCAUUUCUGCAACCAAAUCAUCUCUCUCUUUUUUUGACAGUGUCAUCAACCUAGAUUUUUUCUAAAUCCGGGGUGAGGGAUAGUGGCAGGGGUAGAUGCCUUUUGCCAGGCUCUUAGUAGGAAUUACACCUCAGGCAAAAAAAUUAAAAAAGAUUUGGGAGGUGCUUUCAAAAGCCACCCCAUCUCUUCCCUGUCCCCAAGACUUUGCUUUUCCAGUUAAUAGGCAGCUAACCCAACCCAUCAUGAUGCAGGCUUAACAAAUACCAUUUGCCACUCUUGAUAGUGGAAGGCAAUGGAUUCUGGUGCUGGGCUGGCUUUUGAGAAUCCCAUCUUUUUGGAAUGGGGGCACCUUGUCUUAAGAUUGCAAGGAGGACUGCAUGAAGGUUCUGCUAACUGGAGAAAGCGGAAAUGGACUCUGCCAGCCAAUGUUGGUAUGAGCAAGGGGUAUCUUACAGCUCAAGUAGAUAUUAUGUUAAUGGCAACAUGCAUAUCCUUUGUUAUGUAAAAUUGCAGUUGCAAAGAAGCCAGGGGGGUGAGAGAGGGGAGUUUAACCCUUUCUCUCCCCUGCCACAAUCCUGACAAAAAUUGCCUCUCCAAAGCUACUGUUUAUAUUUCAGAAGGAAGUUCCCAUUAGCCUCAAGUAAACAAGAGGCAGAACAUUUCACUGUGGGUCACUUCUUUGCAAUAUGCUACACAUUCCUUCCCUCCCCACCCCCAUCCCUUCCCCCACCUUCCCUUUUAAUCAGAGUUAAAAAAAAUCCAAACAGCAAAACUUCUGGAAUAUGUUUAGACAUUUCUUCUUCUUUUUUCCAUUUCAGCUUUCUUGUUUUCUCUCUUUAAAACAAAAACCUCCCCCCCUUUUUCGGUUUUGUUUUGUAAAUUAGGAAAUAAUUAUUUUAAAAGCAAAACUAAGAAGGUGAUUUAUUUAAAAGAGAACUACUACCAUAAAAUAGCUUCUGAACUAUGGGUAACAUUAGAUUUAACUUUUCUUUUCUUCCCUCCCCCAACAUGUGUGGGGAGAAACAAUUCCUUGAAGGCAUGGAUGCAGAUAUGAAAAUAUUAAAAAAAAAUACACAACAACUAAAUAAAGCUUAUUUUAAAGUA